AUGAGGAAGUGAAGCCCAGCCAAUACCCAGACAGGCUGUACUGGAGCUGCUCAAUGAGAAGGGCCCGUUUGGAAGCCACAAGGCCGCCCCUUUAUUAGUCAACUCUUCUGCUCCCUGAGGGGGCGGCGCUACGUAAACUCCGCAGUGUACGCGGAUGAUGAACAGGUUUACGGUGGCAAAACGCACUAACUGCCUUUGUGAAUCGCGAAGCGCUUGCUGUCAGAUGCUUUGCCAUUUAAAUGGCUGCGCAGUGUCAGAUUAGGGACAGUGUGUUCGGCUUGGGUAAGGAAGCUGCUGGGGGAACCGGAGAGGCCUGAAGAUGAUCAAAGAGGAGGAGGAGGAGGACGGUGAGAGACGGCAGGGAGAGGAGCAGCUCCGGAGCCGGUAUGAAGAGCUCUGUAGCAGCCUUAACAUGGACGAGAGGGCCCGGGGGGAGGCCUGGGAGAGCUAUGGCAGGAUCAGCCAAAACUACACACUGGAGGUACAGUAAGCACACUGUCAUCAUAACCUGGGAGUGACUGGGGGGCAUGGAAACCGCUCUCUGGGGGUUCAAGGCACCUUUGGCAAAAACAGCUGUUUUGGACUACGUUUCCCGUGAUGCUCAGGCAGCCUUUUCCAUGACAGAGCAUCACGGGAAAUGUAGUCUGCGAGAGUCCAGACCUUAUAUAGAGCAGGGAUAGCCACACUGGGGACCCCCCAGAUGUUGCUGAGCAUGUUUUCUAUCAAAAUAAUUAUUAUUCACCCCAUGAGCAUCUUACCUGCAUGCUGUUAGCAGCUGGAGGGUUCAUGUGUCGUGUAGUAUAACCCAAAGACCCCCCACUUUUUCAAUUUGUAGAAGUAAAAAAAGAAAAAGUGUGUGUGUGUUUAUAUAAUGAUGAUUUUAUUUAAGAUCCAGAUUUGUAAAGAAAAAUUAAACCUGGGAGCCACAGUUUGAGGGCCACUGCUGGUUUAACCCUUUGAAUGCUACUGCACAUUGACCCUUCAAUGGAUUGGGUACACCUAGCUGUAAUAUGAAGGGGGUGAUAUGGAAAUUGAAAGUGUUAAUCUGUGAAGGGUAUUUCUGCCUUUGUUAAAACAAAGCUAAGGUUUUUCUUUCCUCCUUGCACAAAAUCUCCUGUUUAUAUUCCAUCACAAUCUAGGACAUACUUGAAAAGGAGAGAAAUCUCAAUGUAUCCAUCCUGGUAAAAUAUUUUAUAAAUAAAUAAUAUACACUGCUUUGGCACACCUCUGGCUGUCAAAGGGUUAAGCAUGUGUCUCCCAGAUUUUAUAAUUUAUCGAAUUGUGACCUAUAUAAAAGCAUAAUUUACAAAACAUACUAGUUUCAUGGAUAAAUGCAUUGUAGAACAUCGUGGUUUGUUCACAUACCUGUUGUGCCACUAUAUCUUCUACAUGGAUGGUUUAUCCACUAAAUUAGUAAUAGGCAAUGAAAUUGGCUUUAUAUGCCCAAAUACAGGGUGGGUAACUAAAGUCUGAAUUGUUAAAGGAACUCUCCAACAUUAAAAAUACAUAACUUUUUAACAUUUCCCAUAGCAUUGAGAUACAAGAGAAACAUCAAACCUUCACUUCCACUUUUAGCAUGCACUCCAAGCAAGCAAGGAAGGCAACUUUCUCACCUGUCUGAUAGCGAGGAGUUGUCACCAAGGCUCUAAGCACUUUUAUUUAGAAAACAAAAAGGGAGACUUGCUUUUAAACCCUAAAGCAUUUCAACAAGCAUAUACAGCGUUGAUUUUGUUUUGUUUGUGUUGUGGGUUGUUUUUUUUUUACAAAUACCCACAUGUAUCACACAGGAAACAAAAAGCUCAUAUUUUUUUUAGUGUCCAUCUAAGAUGGGUCUAAAAAUUUGUAUAAAAAGAAAAAGAAAAAAAAAACUUUUUUUUUAUUUUAUUUUUUUUUAAUUUUUUUUUUUUAAAGCAAUUUCAUUAAGAGUUCUUCUUAGCUAUGGGAACAGUACUCCUAUUGACUAAUUCUUUUAUGCCGUUGAUCCAAAAUAAGGUUUAAAAAAAAGCAAUUGUAGCCAUUUCUAAUUAUGCCACAAAUGACUCCAUAAUGGCAGUCAGUUAGCUCCUUGGAUCAACAACCAGUUUACACAAAUAACUGAAAAGGUCAUUUAUAAACAGAUUAAAGAGAAGUGGACCCAGGACAGAACACAGAGGCACUCUCCUUAUCACUUUUGUCCAAUUAGAAAAUUAUUUACAAGUACGCUCUGCACUCUAUCUUUAAGCCAGUGUUCUAUCCAAGAAUACAUUUUUUUUUUAAUUUAAUUUUUUUGUGUAAACCAACUGAUUUCAGUCUUGCUAGUGACCUAUUUUGUGCAACUUUAUCAAAUGCCUUGGCAAAAUCCAAGUAGAUCACAUCCACUAGAUCACGCUGAUCUACAUUUCUACUAACUUCUAUAUGGAAUGCAAUUAGGUUAGUUUGGUACGUUUUGCCUUUCAUUAAACCAUGUUGAUUCCUGCUAAUUACAUUUUUGUUCAAAAUUAAUACCUGAAUAUUACCCCUCUGAUUUAAAUGUUUUGAAUGCCCUUUUCUUAUCUUUUAUCAUUUGACUAACCUUAUAAUGAAAAAGUGAUAUCCAAUUAACAGAAAAUGCUAAUCUGUGACAUUAGAUGUUUAGCCUAAACUAUGCUGGUCUAUUUUGACAUUGAUGUUAUUCAGUAAAUAAUGAACAUUUUAAUUUUUAGAUCAAAAUAAGAGUUGGAGAAUUUUCCCAUUUUGGCUUUAAAGAUGCAAUUCUUAUCUCAAUUUACCAAAAUUUGUUGAAUAGACAAAUAACUGGCAUAUUUAGCUGUCUUUAAACGAUUUUGAACAAGUCUAAUUUAGCAGUACAUACAUUGAAUACCCUCUCCCCACAUUGAUGUUCUACCCCGAGCUGUAAUUCUAAUCCUGUUUGACUCCUGAUUCUGUUUAGGUACAGCAGGUUAUGGACAUGGAGAUGCUGUGGCUUGGGUACUACAGAAAUAGCUUGUUGCCAUGCAGUUGCUAAUCACAGGGCUUGAUGCUAGAUAUUUGUAUAGUGUUGCCAUGGGUGGUAGUUUGAUGCAGUCUCAGUAGCUGUUUAUUACCUGGGAAAUGGCAUUGGUUUAAUCACUGCAUGGCAUCUAAAUGUUUUCAUUGGGGGUCGUCUCAUCAAAGGCAGAUAUGCUUUGGGUACAAAUAGAAAACAAUGUGUUUUAAUCUCUUUUGAGGUUGCAUUCCUCCUAAAAAAAAAAAAAAAAAAAAAAAGUUGAAUUAGUAAUUCUUUAUUACUAAUAUUAAAUAUGUUUUAAUUUACUCACCUGUGUGUUGUUUCUGUAAACAUUUUUUACCUUAAAAAUUAAAUAAAAUAAAGUUAAAAAAUUAUAAUAAAUAUAAUAACAGUAAAUAUAAAAUUCUGAAUUUUCUCCAAAUUAGCUUUUUGACAAGGCUGACCAAAAGGUUGUGAUGCGUUACUAUAUUUUACAGGGUUAUUUAAAAAAAAAAAUGUAUCCAUGUCAGCUUUGCUUCUGCUAAUUUGGACUAUAAUUUGAAAUUAACUUUGAAUCCACAGUGAAUUCAAAACAAUUCUCAAUACAAAGCUGGAAUUAUCGGAUCUUGUGUUAUUUAACUUCACUAUAUGUAAAUAUACCACUGAUUUCAGGACCCUGUCCUUAGAAAUAUACUUUUAUUUCCCCAACGUAAAAAGUCAGUACAAGAGGGAUGUUCUUCCUUAAAGGAACACUAUAGUGUUAAAGUCACCAUGUAGGUGACUUGCCCUCCACUCUGCCUUCCUUAAAAGUUAAUAAAAAUUUCCUUCAUUCCAGCACUGUGUGGAUCUGUCUGCACUGGCCCUUCCCCCUAUACACCUGCUUUCCCAUAGGAACAAGCCAAUCAGCAUCUCCAUAUUGAGAUGCAUUGAAUCAAUGCAUCUCUAUGGGGGAAGUUCAGCAUCUCAAGUUUCCGAUGCACUUAACCAGCUGGCCUUGUCCAAUCUAUGCCUUGGCUGAGACAGGGUUAUACCAGCAAACAUAUAUUGGUGGAUAUGUGUUCAGGGUUAAACCUAAAAUAGAAGGGUCCCCAGUAGAGGAUACUUGGUACAACAGAAUCAUAAGCAAUUGUGAAUAGUCAGGUAUUGCAAUACACUCCACAGCAGGCAUUCAGUAUGGAAUUGCUAAUAUACUAUUACUGCAAAUUCUCUCCUAACAUCCACAGACCUCCCUCCCGGUGUCAGACGCCAGAAGAGUUGUUUUCAUAAAACUCUGGUGGAUUUCUUUAUUUAAUUUUAUAAAACAAUCUAUCCUGGGACUGAGCAGUACAGUCUUGGCUCUCUGUCACACAUUGUUGUCCUUUUCUACUAUCGACCAUAGUGGAAGAGGAAAAACCAAAAGAACUGUUCUCCUGCUCAUUUGCACUCUGUGCCAUGGCUAUGUCAGGACUGAACUGGUUUGUGAUGCCUACUGCUAAAUCUUUAAUAGGUAUAUAUUUUUUUUAAUGAUGAUUUUCAGUGUAUUAUUCAAUGGUGUCAAUUUUUAGAGAAGUGACAGUUGCACUUUAAGUGCUAUUAACAAUCCUUUAUACUAUAUACGUUGAAGUCUUGAAAUAUUCUUUAUUUCUUCUACUUAUUUAAAGACUGUUUAUAAUCCUGGGCUUGGAUUCAAUUAUCAGAAUAUCUUGCUGUGUAAAUUGAAUGAUUGCUCUAAUGCAUCUGAGGUCUGUAAUGCAUUUUACACAGCAUUCACCAAAUGCAUACAAAAACAAAAAAACACAACAUGCAGACAGAAUUUUACUAUGCAACCAAAGCUAGAUCUUUAUUAUUAAAAGAACACUCUUUUGUCACUUAUCUGUUAACUGCUGUUGGUCUCAAUAAAAACUAUUUAUGAAAAAAAAAAGAACACUUGUGGUACCAAAACCACUACAGCCUCUUGUAGUGGUUAUAGUGCCACGAGUGCCCUGGGGCCAUCACACGGUAAAAUAUCAAACUGAUUUAGCACAGCUUGACAAUUGACCUGGGUCCCACUGGGCCCCAACCCCACAUAUAGUCAUCUUCAGCAUGAGAAGCUCUGUAGAGCACAGCAGGACCAUGUUCACUGGUUGAGUGCUCAGCUAAUGAGCAUGAUCCAGCAUGGAUCUGCUUUGUUCUAUAAAAGUAUCCGUAUUCUCUUAGUAACCUUGUAACAUUGCAACGUUUAUAUUGGGGUUUUGUGCAAAUUACUUGAGAAUAUGAGUUUCAUACCUUAUUAUUAUUUUUUUUUCUUUUCUUCAAUUUAUUAUGUACUUGAAAAAUGUCUCCUUCCUGCCAUCCAGUUUUACAAGAAUUCUUUUAUUUUAUUUAUUAUAGGGUAAUGCCCUGCAUUGGUUGGCGUGUGCAUUGUAUGUGGCAUGCAGGCAGACUGUACCAACCGUAGGCCAAGGGAUGGCGGAAGGCAAUUAUGUCUCGCUGACAAGAAUUCUGACCUCUUCACAGUUAAGGUAUGUUGUGGGGGUAGUAAAUAACAUUUUGUUUCAGUGUGACGUAUAUUCAAAUUAUGUGACAUUUAUUGAACACCCCUCCCGAAAGUUCUAUCAACUUAAAGGAACACUGUAGUCACCUAAAUUACAUUAGCUAAAUCAGUUUUAGUGUAUAGAUCAUUCCCCUGCAAUUUCACUGCUCAAUUCACUGUCAUUUAGGAGUUAAAUCACUUUGUUUCUGUUUAUGCAGCCCUAGCCACACCUCCCCUGGCUAUGAUUGACAGAGCCUGCAUGGAAAAAAAAACUGGUUUCACUUUCAAACAGAUGUAAUUUACCUUAAAUAAUUGUAUCUCAAUCUCUAAAUUGAACUUUAAUCACAUACAGGAGGCUCUUGCAGGGUCUAGCAAGCUAUUAACAUAGCAGGGGAUAAGAAAAUCUUAAUUAAACAGAACUUGCAAUAAAGAAAGCCUAAAUAGGGCUCUCUUUACAGGAAGUGUUUAUGGAAGGCUGUGCAAGUCACAUGCAGGGAGGUGUGACUAGGGUUCAUAAACAAAGGGAUUUAACUCCUAAAUGGCAGAGGAUUGAGCAGUGAGGCUGCAGGGCCAUGUUCUAUACACCAAAACUGCUUCAUUAAGCUAACGUUGUUCAGGUGACUAUAGUGUCCCUUUAACAAGCUCGCUUCUGUCAAUAUAUCGUGUAGGAUUUAGAGUGGCACUCCGCUUGUGGUGUGCAAAACGAGGUAAUUUGACGUCCGAGGAUCAUAAAUUAUUGUAGUUCACUGUGAACACUUUAAUUGCUCUUUGAUCUGUCACUUCCAGAUGGAUGUAAAAUAUCAAACCCCUGUACAUUUCUUAUAGUUCUUUGCUGCUCUAAAACCCUUGUGAAAAUCUUUUUAUUGCUGUAAUUUACGUCAAGGGGCAUUUCCUACGCUGGAAAAGAUAAUGAAAGUAACACACUCCAGCAAGUGAAUGAUAAAUGAAAGAAACUAGUAAAACAGGAGAGUCUUCAAAAAUGUACCGCAUAUGCUUGCAUGUAUCAUCGUAGGUGCACAUACUAUUUCAAUCACGGAAUGCAAUGGGAGUCCAAGGAUUGGCUUAGAGACCCCAGCCAGUUCCUGCUUUCACUCAACACAAUUAUCGAAUGAUCAAAUUGCUUGUGAAAAUAUUCAAAGAAGUAAUAUUUAGAAGGUUUUUUUUAUUGUUGUUUUUUUUUUUUUAUUGGCAUAUUUUGUGUGUGUUCUCUGUAUAAUGUUGUCCUUGAGACACUUGAACAUUUACUUCGACCAAUAAAUUAUCUCCCACUUGCUUCACUAAUAGGAGAAAACAUAGUUUUGGUUUGUUCCGAAAUAGCAAAAUAUCAGGGAACCUUAAACAGCUGGACUCUUGCCUAAAUGGCAGUUUCGCUAUAAUUUUGCAAAAAAAAACAAAGCAUGUUAAAUCAUCAACAUUAGUGACAAAAUCUAAUUUUUUUUUUUUUUUUUUUUAGUUUAAUAGAGUUUUUUAAUAAGAUGAAGAAGUGGGAGGACAUGGCCAGUCUGCCUGAUGAAUUUCGCGAGCGGACUGAGAAACUGGAACGGAACUUCACCGUCACAGCAGUGCUGUUCCAGAAAUAUGCUCCAAUAUUUCAGAAGAUUUUCAAAAAUCCACAGGAAGAACAACCGCGGCAGCACAGAGGACGGAAGCAAAGGUGUGUACUGCUAGGUAGAGGAAGGUGUGCGAGACUGAGGGCAUCCAGCCACUCAUGGAGAUGAAUUAAAAAGCAUUUUCAGUAUUGCGUAUUGUCCUAGACUGCAUAUCACCCUUAAUCUAUUAAAGUGGGCAUUCCAUGCAAAAGUUGGCAAUUUGCAGGUAAUGGCUUUAUAUUGGAACAUUGCGCUUGCCAGAACACAUGCUUAUCUGUUGGAUUUUGAUCCUAUUAUUAUUAUUAUUAUUAUUUAUGUAGCGUCAGUAAAUUCCGUAGCGCUGUACAAUGGGACAGUUCCUAUAGUUUGUCUUUCAUAUAUAUUCAGUUUCCUCACAGCAGACUGCCAUACCAGCAGGAGAUAUAAAUUCUUAUUGUUCCCUUUAAACACCUUAGGUCCUCAACAGCAGCAAGUAUAACCUUUUAAGCUUUUACAAAAAGAGGUUGUCAGUUUUAUUGUAGCCAUUUUUAAUGUGGUGCUCUCAACCAAUCAAUGAUGUUAUACUGUUGUUGUUAUUGUUAUUAUUAUUAUUAUUGCCAUUUAUAUAAUGGCAAGAGAUUCCGUAGCGCUUUUACAAUAUUAUAAGUGGGGGGAUUUAGCUUUAAAUAGGACAAUUACAAGAAAACUUACAGAAACGAAGGGUUGAAGAGGGCCCUGCUCAAACAAGCUUACAGUCUGUAGGAGGUGGGGUAUAAAACACAUUAGGACAGGAAAUAUUAAUCAAAUAAGGGGGGAGUGAAGCAGAGCUGUAGGUGAGAGCAAAGUGCUGCCCUUUAGGAAAGAGCAAGGGACAGGUAGAGGUAGAGGUUACUCUGGGAGGCCAUCAGCUUUCCUAAAGAGCAAGUAUGAAUACUAAAUUGGAGGUAUGAAUUUCUGCUUUAGCAUAUCGGUGCAGACCGAAAGGACCACAGGUGCCUGAUAAAGGCAGGUAAGAAUUACAUAGUUUGUAAAUGGUUUACUAGUACACUGAAGUUGGUGCCAAAGGACUCCUUGCACCACCACCAUAAUUGCAUAUAGGGGUUAUGGUGCUUAGGGGAUAGAUCUUUGUUUUGUCACAUUUGGGGGGAAAUAAACAGCUUGUACAUAAGACCCUUAUUUGUCCUAAACUGCAAUUUGUAAAUUAAAUUAUGUUGUAAAAAUAACGGUAUAUACAUGCUGCCCAAUGUGAGGAGAAAGCAAUGUUGACCUAUUUGAACAGCCACUUAUUGCCCACAUGUGCUUCAAGCUUUAAAGGGACAACCAGGACCCCUAAAACAUCUUUAGCUUAGUGGAAUGCUUUAUGUGUUAAGAGUGUGUCAUCAGUUUGUCAUUUUACAAAAUGUGCAGGUUUCAAUAGAAAUUGGCACUUUUAAAAAUUAAAGGGACUCUCCAGUGCCAGGAAAAACAAUCAGUUUUCCUGGCACUGCAGGUCCCCUCUCCCUCCCACCUCCAAUCCCCGGUUGCUGAAGGGGUGAAAACCCCUUCAGUCACGUACCAAAGGCAGCGACGAUGUCCCUUGUCACUGCUUCUUCCUCCGCUCCUCCCCUUCAUCACGUCAGCCGGCGGGUGAGACUGAUCACGCCCGCCAGCUGGGGAGACAUAAUGCGCAUGCGCGGCAAAGCCGCGUAUGCGCAUUAGACCUCUCCAUAGGAAAGAAAGCAUUGAAAAUGCUUUUCAAUGCUUUCCUAUGGGGAUUUAAGCGACGCUGGAGGUCCUCACACAGCAUGAGGACGUCCAACGACGCUAUAGCACAGAAAACCUGUGCUAUGGACCAGGAACUGCCCUCUAGUAGACAGCCACUAGGGGAGGACUUAACCCUGCAAAGUAAUUAUUACAGUUUAUGAAAACUGCAAUAAUUACAGUUGCAUGGUUAUGGGUAGUGGGAGUUGACACCCAGACAACUUCAGUGGGCAGAAGUGGUCUGGGUGCCUGGAGUGUCCCUUUAACCUUGUUACACCCCCUGACUUUCAAGCAGACAACAAGUCCUGUUACCUCCUGGUUGUUUAGCUCAGUGAAGCUAAACUCAAGAGGCAGCAAUUACUCAGAGCACCUGUCUUGCAAAGACUUCUCAUUGCACUGCAUCGGGAAGUCUGUGAUUGGAGAGCCACAGAUAGUCUAAGAAGUGGAGAGGCAGAGGCAGCAGAUGAGAUCUUUCAUUUUAGAUACACCCUCAAUGUACAAUUUCUUAAUUGCUUGCAUGUAUGUUUUCAUUUGAAGUACAUUUACCAAACAGUGAUUUUUAUUGGUAUUUGGGAUGAAACCUUUAAAUAUUAAGAUACAUUGAACCACACAGGUUGUUCAAUGUUCCAACUAAUAUAAUUAGUUUACGUUGGUUGAAACAAGAACCUUACAAUAUAAUAUAUAACAUCCUAUAUAUAAAAGGGAGUGUCACACUAAACAAACGGGAUAUUCCAUGCGUGGACGGAUUCUUUUGAGAACAGUGUGCUGAAGACAUUAAAUAUCAUUAUAGGUGAACUGCCACUUCCUAGGUUUUUUUUUUAAUGUUAAUAUUAUGUAUUUGUAUGUUUAAUAAAUCUUUGAUGUGAGGUGUCAAAAAUAAUAUUAAAUGUAGAAAUAUACACCUCUUUAUCCCGUUCCUGGGUGCCUCCAUUUUGGCUCUCUGUCAAGCAUUGUUAUAGGCUUUUUCCUUUGCACCUGGUAUUCGGCAUAGAGAGAACAGAAGAGGAGAAAUGAAGCAAUGGGAGAUAUUUAUCAAAGUGUUCUGAAAAGUAGUGGCUAAAUUCAGUCAGUAUAAUCAUAUGCAUUAAUGUGUUUUGAAAACUGAUCUAAAAAGUGCUGGUUUUCCUUAUAGUAAAUUCCCCUAGAAAUGUCUGUCUGUGAAACCUGCCAAAUUUAAAAUGGAAGAAAAAAAAAAUUAAGAAAAAUUAAUUGCCCCACUGGAAAAAUAGUGUAUAUUGAAAAAUGAUGGUCAGAACGCAAAAGAAGCAACAACGCACAAAUCUGACUGAUUUAAUAAAUUGCACUAAACAUUUACGGAAAAUUAGACAUAAAAGUGUCAUCCACACUUUGAUAAAUAUCCCACAGUGCUUUUAUUUUACCUUCAUAUUUCCAGUGUUUGCCCUGGCUAAGCCUGGACUUAAAGGAACACUGUAGGGUCAGGAACACAAAUGUAUUCCUGACCCUAUAGUGUUAAAAACACCAUCUAGCCCCGCCUCUCUCCCCUCCACCCCUACCCCCCCGGCCCUCCUAAACAUAGUAAAAUCUUACAUUUACUCCAGUCUGCUGCUGCUGGUUCUGAUCUGCCUGCUUGGCUGACAUAAUGUAACGUGAUUCUCUCAGCCAAUCCAAUGCUUUCCUAUAGGAAAGCAUUGGAUUGGCUGAGAUUGUCAAUGCUUCAGAUCAGGGCAGAGCCAGAACAAGCCAAACACAGCCCUGGCCAAUCAGCAUCUCCUCAUAGAGAUGCAUUGAAUCAUUGCAUCUUGAUGAGGAAAGUUCAGUGUCUCCAUGCAGAGGGUGGAGACACUGAAUGUCAGCGCUGCACACUCUAGUCGAGUUAUCUCUAGGCUGUAAUGUAAACACUGUUUUUAUUUCUCUGAAAACCUGGAGGGAAUGCAAAUACAAUAAGCUGUAGUUGUUAUGGUGACUAUAGUGUCUCUUUAGCAGGAUUGUGAUGUAAUUUCGCUUAAUAUUUAAUAUACAUUUAAAAUAAAACAGAGCACCACAUGGAAAAAUAGGUUUUCACAAAUUCUAGAAUAUUUUAAGUGGUUUACUCAAUGGUGAACUGAAUUAGAUGAUGGUGACUUGCUGUAUAAAUGUAUGAUUUUUCUUUUGAUUUUUAGGCGCCAGCCGUGUACAGUGUCUGAGGUCUUUCAGUUCUGCUGGGUGCUGUUUAUCUAUACUAAAGGUACUGCACUUCUGCUUUCUCUCAGUUUCUGUAGCUCUAUACCAGAAUGCAUACUCAUUACUCCUGGAUAACUAAACAUAGUCUAGAUCAGGGUUCUCCAAACUCUGGCCCUCCAGAUGCUGCUGAACUACAACUCCCAUGAUUCUCUGGCUAUCUAUUUCAUUCAACGAAUCAUGGGAGUUAUAGUUCAGCAACAUCUGGAGGGUCAGAGUUUGGGGAACCAUGUUCUAAAUAAUAAAGGGACAAUAAAGGGGGACUGUGUCAACCCACUUAAUUUAUUUUCAGCCUAAUCAUUCUGAAGACUAGUUAAAGAACCACUCCUCCCACACAAAACACUUUAGCUUGCUGAAAUACUCUGUGUUGUCCUCUUUGUUUCAUUUUUAAAAAAAGUACAGAUUUCAAUAAAAAGUGGCAUUUUUACAAAUUAACCUUGUUACACCACCCUUUGCUGUAUAUCAGACAGAUGGUCCUGUUACUUCCUGGUUAUUUAGCCCAGUGGAGCUAAUUCCAAGAAGCAGAUAAUUGCUGAAUUGAUUGCGUGAGUAAUUUUACAUUUUUUCUUUUCAUAUUCAUGCAUUUUGCUGUAUGAAAUCCAGUCCAUUAAGUCUUAAUCACCCUUAUUUAUAGUCUAGUUAUAAUUACCAGCCUAUAGAGGAAUUAAUUUCUCUGCCAGAAGCUCGUAGUCAUUGAAAAAACGCCUGUAAAGUUGCUGACAAUGUAAGCUCACCCCCUGUUUUUGAACAGUUCAGGAAAUUUCAAUGGGUUGUAACAUUUCUAUGGUCAGGUAGGUGGGAGGAGUGAAUGGAUCCUGCUAUUUCAAUGUCAUCAUUAUACUAAAAUUCCAGAGACUGAUAAAGAUUCCUUUACCAGUUUUCAAUACCUUUUUCUAUUUUUUUUUUUUUUUAACUGUAUUUACUGUAUGUGGGCCUUGUGCUCAAAUGCAGACAUUCUUUUUACAUUCUUUUGCCAUUUUUAGUAAGCUGUACUGCCUUCAGCGUCCUUGCACAUACCGAUCACAAAGGUAUUGGGCAAUUUUUAUUUAUCUAUUUUUGUCACAUUCACUGUAUGUGAGAACAUUUUGCUUUUCUGCUAACAUUUCAACAUUUCUGGAAUAUUGUAAGACAAAGGAUGCUGUAUACUGUCUAAAGCAGUUCAUUUCCCAGAUAUUUUAUAAAGUCUGAAUGAAUAAGUGAAAACAAAAUAUUGGGUAAAUUUACAUAAUUUUAAUUGUUACAUUUGUGUUCAAUGCAAUCUAUGCACAAAUUUGCUGUGUUAUGGUAUGUUUAUAUGCUGCCAAUGCAUGCCUUGCUUCAAAUAAAUGUUAUGCUAAUAUUUUUUUCAAUUUAAAAGUGCUCAAUAGUAAAGGGGUAAUAGCAUUAAUAGUAUGCAGAAGUGCUGAAUUAACUAUGGAAAAAUCUGUUAAAAAAACACAAAAGAUUUUUGUAAAUAUCAUAUGAUUAAUUUUACAAAAAUUCCCAAGGACUUUUAUGGUGGUGUCUGUACAUAAAUAAUUUGGAAAGUUUUUCUAACAGUAUUGAAUCAUUUGGAAAGCUUACUAAAUCGAGACCUUUGUCCUUUGUAGAAACUCUAACCCUUGUCUUCUUUCCAAUGUAGUAAUGGAAUGCAUUUACAUGUCUGGGCACAUCUUUACAUUUCACAAUUUUAAUGGUUUCCGAUGAGAGGACCAUUCUGUGUUUAUAGCUACUAGUUAAUGAUAUAUUCUAGAAUUUACAGCUGUCGUGAAAACCUAUGAACACAAGACAAAAGUAACCUUGUCUGCUUUACCUUGUGCUAGGUUUUGGGUAUUGUAACUUUAAGAUAAAAAGAGAAAGGGUUACGAAUAAAGUGGCUUUUUUGGGGGGGGGGGAGGCUUUUUUUUUUUGAGAAGGGGGAAUGUCUAACUAGCUGGCUCAUACUGAGCGAUGCUUCUCUGGGAUUGAGUUGGAGAUUGUAUUGCUUACGCUAUAGUAAACCUGUAUUCUUUGCCCUGUAAUGUUGCUCUCGUUAUUUAGAUCCAGGGAACCCUUGAAUAUAAACAAAAACUGGGAAAAAAAGGUAUUGCCGCUAUUUUUUUUCCAGUGCCAAGAUCAACUCCUGCAGCCGCUCGUCCUGCCUCCCACGACGUCAUGCAGGCACAUCUAAUAGUCCAAUAUAGAGGAGCAUUGUAGGCUAAAAAUGUAUGCGUUGUACUAUGCUCUUACUGGGGGCUGGAUGUGAGAACUGUGAUUGACUUGGUUCUCACUUCUUAAGGCCUAGUGGUUGUCAGGUAGACUGCCACUAGAGAUGUAUUUAACCUUGCAAUGUGAACAUCGUCAGAUCUGCUAAACGGCAAUGCAAAACUAGAGAACCAUAGCACGCAGCUCACUUCAUUGAAAUAAAGUGGUCUGGAUGUCUUUAGUGGUCCUUUAUUCAGUAAUGAUGAAUGUUAUGGUAAGAGGGUAUCCUGGAAAGCUGAAUAAUGUUAUGGGGAGAGUAUAUAAUAUGCUGAAGUAUGGUAUGAGAUGAGUCGGUGAUGGUUGAAGAAUGGUAUGAAGUGAGUCGGUGAUUAGCUGAAGUAUGAUAUGAGGUGAGUCCGUGAUUGGCUGAAGUAUGGGAUGAGGUGAGUCAGUGAUGGCUGAAGUAUGGUAUGAGAUGAAUCCGUGAUAGGCUGAAGUAUGGUAUAAGGUGAGUCUGUGAUCAGCUGAAGUAUGGUAUGAGGUGAGUCAGUGAUGGCUGAAGUAUGGUAUGAGGUGAGUCAGUGAUGGCUGAAGUAUGGUAUGAGGUGAGUCAGUGAUGGCUGAAGUAUUGUAUGAGGUGAGUCAGUGAUGGCUGAAGUAUUGUAUGAGGUGAGUCUGUUAUCGGCUGAAGUAUUGUACGAGGCGAGUCAGUGGUCGGCUGAAGUAUGGUAUGGGGUGAGUCUGUGAUCAGAUGAAGUAUUGUACGAUGUGAGUCUGUGAUGGGCUGAAGUAUAGUAUAAAGUGUGUCAGUGAUGGUCUGAAGUAUGGUAUGAGAUGAGUCGGUGAUGGUUGAAAUAUGGUAUGAAGUGAGUCAGUCAUUGGUUGAAAUAUGGUAUGAAGUGAGUCAGUCAUUGGCUUGAAGUAUGUUAGAGAUUUGCUCUAUAUUAUUCAUUAGCCUUUCACAGGACUAACAUUCUUCAGCUUGUGAAAUGCUAAAUCUAACAGUCUGAUGAGACUUAUGGGGAGCGUGCCCCAGGCUGAAAAAUAUUAUUGGGUGAGUCUAAAGAAAGCCAGAGGAAUGUUCAAGUCGUGUCAAUCAGGAAAUAUUACAUUUUAACACUGUGAAUUAAAUUUUCAGCUAUGAACAAUUGUUCAGAGAAAUUACGAAUUAAAAAAAAUAAAAUUAGUCUUAGAAAGUAUAUAGUGUUACGCAAACCAUUGUUGUUAUCACCACCACUGUGACAAAAUAAGUAAUGUUUUUUUUCAUAUCGGAGGAAAUCUAUUGACAAAAAUGAAAAAAUAGUCCUUGACUAUUGCCCUUUUUAUUUCUGUCAAUUAAAUGUUUACUUUUUAGUUUUCACUAAUAAUUAUCCAGAACAGGUAAACAAGAAAAAAAAGUAUAAACUAUACAUUUAAGUCCUGCACAAACAAUACAUAAGACUAAGUUACCUUAACACAAAGCAUAUUAAGCAAUGAUUUUUAAACCAUUAAGUCUGGCUGUUUAAAUACCCUACACUUAAAGCCAGCAAACAGAGAUUCUGCAUCACUAUCAUAGCAACUAUACACAGAAGGCAAGUUUGGGCUUGUUUGUAUUAUAAUGCCAUCACUUCAAGAACCAAUAAGGAACAGCAUUCUAGUCACAUGGCUAGCCCCUGCUUCAAGCAAAUCCAAUUUAGUGUGUUAGACAAGAGUUUGCAGCUGUCCCAGUUUGUUCCUGUUUACUGGUGACAGAUGACAGGAUAAAUCCAGGACACGUACUAUUAGAGGUAAACCUACUGAUUUUCUAUUUUUCAUACAGUGUCACUAGACAGGGUGCUUGAUACAGAGUAAUGGCGGUAUAUAGUGGUAUAAAAGGUACAAGUGUGCAGAGUUAUUCUGGCAGGUGUAACUUUGUAUAUGUAUUAAUAUGUAUAUGUGCUGGAGGGGUUAGUAAAACAAUAAAUAGUGUUAAACAUUGGGACAGGACGCUAGUGUAAAAAAAAAAAAAAAGAAAGACAUUUGAACAAGGAAGAAUUUAAUCCUGGCAUGACUAUUAUGUCACUGGCCAUCAAAGGGUUAAUAAAACACUGACGGAGUUUAUUUACUAAAGUAAGAUUUGUUGGGAAUUCAAAGUGAAUCUCAAAUACAAGGCCAAAGUAGUAGCAUUUCUCAGACUCCGUUGCUCUUUUGGCAAAAAAGUUUUCAUCCCCCCUCCUUGUUCUUCACCAUUCCCAGUUUAGUUAAUAAAUUCCAUUGUCAGCCAUAGAGCCACACAUGUUCUCCCCACCAAAUGCUUCUCCUGAGAACUUCCAGCAAUCAAUCCUUCUGAAAAUCACCAUCCCUGCUUCACUUAAAUUGUUCGGCGUAAUGAUGGAGCAGCAGAACAAGGGAGGGAGAGUGGUAGCACAAUAAAAACAAACAGGUUUAUUCACUGAAGUGAGAAUUCAAAGUGAAUUUCAAAUUAAAGCCAGAAAGAGCCUAGCUGGAAACAUUUACUAAACCAUCUAUACUUCCAGUUUGGCUACUCUAACCUUAGAGGGACACUCCGGUCACCAUGAUUAUUUCAUCUAAAUGAAGUUGUUAUGGUGCCAGAAGGCAACCAGGGAGCACUCUAACCUUAAGGGGUUAUACUGUUUUGAGAAAGGUUUAACCCCAGAAGUUGCCUCGAGUGCCCAUCUCCAAGUCCCCCAAGCAACAUCCUGAAUCUGUUACAGGAAGCGCAGAGUUACGCUGAGCAGUGGCGCCGCUGAUUGGCUAGAGCAGUCAGCUGCCACUCUAAGCCAAUCCGUAGCUUCCCAUUGAUAAAAAAAAGGUACAUUUCUUUUCUUAUUAAUGGGGAGCUACGGAUUAGUUUAAUCCCUUAAGGGAAGCGUGUGCCGGGGUCCGCUUGGCAGCAUAACAACUUCAUUCAUGUUAUGGUGACCAGAAUGUCUCUUUACAUUUGAAAUUAACUUUAACUUUAAGUUUCAAUUCUCACUUUAGUAAAUUAUCCUUAAAAAAUUACCAGGCUGGAUCCACCUGGUGACUUAGAGGGAGGAUUUCCUCCAGUGCGCCACCUGGAUCUUAUAUAAAAAAUGUUUAUACUAAAUGUUUCUUUUCUGCCAUAGUAGAGUAAAAUAUGAUUUAAACUGUUUCACUCUAGAAGUCCUUCUUUUCCAAAUAAAAGAGUACGCUUGAUUCUGGAAUUUUUUAAAAGGAAAUUUGGAAACAAAUAUAGGGCAAGGGGGGGGGGUGCACUCACUUUCACGGUCCAAGAUAGGCACCUUUUCUCACUGUUUGUACAAGGUUGCCAGUUGGUUGAGUAGUUUGGAGUAGUGUCCUCGAAUUACCAGUCUUGCUGCGAUUUACCCAGGACCAUAAAUUUAUUUUAGUGUUGUCGUGCACCACUCAAACGAUAUCUGCUUGGAGUGCUGUGACCUUAUUCUGGGGAGAUCUAUUGGGAGGGAUUGUAUUUUGGUAAGAGUGUUUUUGUGGUAUGUGACUUGACCAAAAGUUUCUAAUAUUUUUUUUUUCCCCAGUGCUUGGAGAGAAGUUUGUGGGUUUGUGAGUAAGUGAAAUGUUGUCCGCAAAAAGGGAUAUUAAGUGCUGACCUGCAAAGGUCAAGAUGCCUGGUGAUGUCCUGGGAAGUGUCCUAGAACUAAUGGUUCUAUGGCGAGGAUGAAAAUUAGCAGGGAUAGCGGACACCUAUGACGGCUCCCAUUAAAAUGUGGAAUGGUUCAGAAAGAAAACCUCAGGUGGAGACUUUGGUGGAGGGGAACAUGUUCAGGUUCAAAAUAUCUGUUUAUCCUGUAAAGCGCCUUUUCAGCAUCAAGGGCUUGGACCAAGCAAGGGGCACUUUGUCAUAUGGCUAUUCCAAUAAGAGCAAUUGCGUUACGAGUCUGAAACUUGUCUAUGUUAAACAAAUCCUGCUUGUUCUGGGGAAAUAAGAGAUAGCAGAAACUGGUUUAGUUAAUAGGCUAAGAUUUUGGUGUUUAGUGAGAUUUUAGUGUUUAAGAAAAAAAGAGUGAAGAUUGGUACAAGUACUCAAAUUUUCUUGGUUUCGGUAGUGUUACUCUUGUAGCUGAGAGCAUUUCUUUGUGGGUAAAUUCCUGUGGUGCAGAAAUAGUUGAACAUCUGUGUGUGUGUUUUGGGGUCAGCUGAUAGAUUAUAAAGAAGUUGUUUAACUUUUAAUCUGCAAGCAAGAAGUUUGUUGGCGUUAUUGCCUUUGGUGUCAUAUGUGAGUUUGAGUUUUCUCAGGUGGGCUUCUGUCUGCUGGAGUUGCUGUUGCUGCAGCUGACCAUGAAUUUGGACAGGCUUUCUGAGAUCGCAGUGAUUUCGACGUGCUUUUGUCUUUGUCUCUAGUUAUUCGAGUUGGGCUUGAAGUUCUGCAAGAACUUUUUGUUGUUUUUUUAAAAUUUCUUACGUAUGGAGCAUUGCUGAAUAAUGGUUCCACGUAGUACGGCCUUGUGAGCCACCCAUAGGGAAGAGGCAUUUCAUAGGAUGCAUUUAGUUGAAAAUAUUCUUGUAUUGCAAACUGCAGAUUGUAGGGACUGGCUAUUGACAGGAUGGUAUCAUUCAUGUGACCCCAUUCGAGAUGUAAUGUUGCCAUUAUGAUCUAUGGUGGUGCAUGGUCCAACCAUGUGAUUGAUCUUGACCAAUAAUGUGGGAUGGUAUGGUUGCAGACUCCAUUAGACAGAGGUCAAUUCUCAGGUAUUUUUGUGCAUCUGAGAGAUGAAAGUAUAGUGUCGCUCCUGAAGAUUUGAUUCUCUCCAGAUGUGUAGUUCAUUUUUAAACACAAGAUCUCUCAAGUUUGUAUUUAGGGAUAGUGCUUGCCUGGGGGAUGAUUCCAAGACUCAUGUGUGGUGUCUAUCUCUGGAUCACGUGUACAGCUAAAUCUCCUAGAAUAACUAGGCUCCCUUCUUUCAUAGAAAAUACAACAAAAGCAAUAUAACCACUAUAUGCAAAAUGUCAAACACCUACUUAAAAAAUGUGCCCUCUAUACACCGAUCAACUAAGAAACUAAACCUACAAAUAAGUAGGGUGUAAAUGAAAGCGAAUUAUAUCUCCCAAAUUUAGGAGGAAAUACCACCUUGAUCGACAACAAAGUCAAUGUUUCCGGAUACUAGGAGGGAAACAAACUUGACAUAGGUUAAUAUAAUCAGGUGACAAAUAACCCGCAGUAUAUGUUUCACUCACAAGAACAUGGAUAAAUGCAAGCCCAUCAUCCUAAUAUCAGCGUAUGAGAUGAGUCUGUUCCAGAUGAGGGAUGAUACUUUCGAACUUGUAAAGAAAGCAGAAAGCCAGAAAUAGUGAAGAUGGUAGCUAUAAAACACCAAAUUUAUUUAGAUUGUACUUACAGGAUAAAAAUAAAAAACAAACAGAUCUCUGCAUUCAGGGGGUCUGGACAAUGCCGAUGAGUCUAGGAGCCAGCCGUGUGUGUGAAAAUAAAACCAUAAAAUAAAUUGAUGGAAAAAAAGAUAAUAGCGUCCCAGAACAAACGAACCCGGAGUCCUCCCAAUAAGUAUAGCCAACACGUUUCGUCUUGGUAGACUUCUUCAGGGAUAUCUGACUCCCUUCUUUCAUGGAGAUAAAUUUAUGAAACGUUUGUUGUGGAAAAGAAAUCUGACCUUGGGAGCAUUGAAGUUUUGUCAUUAUUUAAGAGCCCGUCAAGAAUCAGCAACUUGCUAUCAGGAUCUAUGUGUAUGUGGUCGGUUUGAAAGGCUCAAUCUUUGUAGAGCAAGAUAGAGUAUUUUGUUUUCUUUGGGGAGUAAGCAUGGAAGACAGUGGGGUAAUGUUUAGACAUGAAAUUUGGUAGGGUUGACAUAACUAAAAUGCGUUCCUUGUAUACAUAUGAUUGACACUCAUGCUUUUCUAGCAUCCAAGAGGGCCAAUCUUUUCUUGUGUCGGCUAUUAAACCCCUUUGUGGUCAUAGUAUAUAUUAGAAGGGUAGCAUGAAGGGAUAAUGAGGAUUUUGCCUAAAGGGACACUCCACUGCCAAAAAUACAAAAUAAAUCAAAAUCACUGUUUAAUAGAUAUACCCCAAAUGACAAGAUGCAUGCAUUUAGUUAUGCAUCUUUUCAUUGGGAGUAUAUCUUAAAACAGCUUGCAAAACGGACAUUCCUCUUGUCUGCUGCCAUUGCAAGUCCUUCACUUCUAACCCUGCCCAGACAUUCUGUGGCUGUCCAAUCACAAACUUUCAAAUGCAACACAAUAGGAUGUUUUUGCAAGGCAGGUGCUCUGAGCAAUUGUUGCUUCUUGACUUGAGCUAACCAAAUCAGGAGCUGUUGUCUGCUUAAAAGUCUAGGGACACUUUAAUUGAAAUCUGCACCUUUUGUAAAAUGAAAAAAGUAGGACACACUAUUCACACAAAGCUUUUCAGCAAGCUAAAGUGCUCUAGGGAUCUGCAGUGUCCCUUUAACUCGGCAGCUGGCAAUAGAAGAUAUUUUGGAGUAUCCCACAUUCGGAGUUGCAAGGGAGGGAUAGCCGAGAGGAGGGAAAAAAAACAAUUGACAUGCCACAAAGCAUAACAACGUAAGAAACAGUACAUACUAAACAGUGAAACAUACAUAUUAGACAUACUAACUUUGUGUGAGCUGAUAGUAACUCCUGGGUCUGAGGGGUGUGAAUGAUCAGGUGACUCAGCACAUUUAGGGGGAGGGGUGCGGGUCCAUGAAUGGGCCUACGUACAAAUACCACGCCUGACCUAUGCCCAGAUAAUGUGCAUGAACCAAAGAUGUAUGGUGCAUGCAUAUAAAUAAGCCUUACAGCCUAAUUGUAAACAGGCAACAUCAUAAAAGAGGCAUUAACUUAUUUUAUGCAUGGUUCAACUUGUAUACCAUAGGCAAAAUGUACAUUGUGGGUUGUUGUUUUUUUUUUUUUUUGUGUAUGUGGGUUUUUGUGUGUGUGUUAAAAUAUUGUGGGCACAAACCAAAAUUACUUGCUUAUGUGACUCAUGCGGUGAACCUUAGAUUCUUAGAGGGCAUACGUAAAUUAACAACUAAGUCCCUACCGGGGUGGAGGUCACCAGGUUCGCAGGUGUGCAUUGGUCAGUCUCCUUGUUAGCCAUUUUCCAGAGAUGGGGAACCUUGGGAAGAGUUGAUAUCUCAUUUGGAAAGAGAUGAGACUCUGCUACGAUGUUCCAGGAUUUCAAUAGUUAUUGGCCGUACUCAUUGUUCGCUAUUGCCAUGGAGCCAUUUGUCCAGAUGAUUAGCUUAGUUAGGUAUACCCACCUAUACGAUAUCUGAUGGUCUCCACGUAGCCACCAUCUUGCAUACGUUUGAGCUUCCAUCGUUUGGAAUCACCUGCCAUGCAGGGGGUCUCCCGACUUGUCUAGGGUGUUUGCGGAGCCAUUUACUUGCUCGGUAGAUAUUUUCCCACGUAUUUGAAACUUUUUAUUCCAUGUUGUGCACUCCAGAGCGCCGAUCAGUUGGUGUAGGCCUACAGAAUAAAUGGAGCUCUCCUCAUAUGCUGCUUGCUCAGAGCAGCUAUAGGUCACGCACCCUCUGGGUGAGCUUUCUAUGGCGCUAGUGCAUUUAGGGUACGUCGUCAAAAUCUUCCAUUGAAGGGUAUUGAAUGACCUAUAGUUGCUGUUGGCGCUGAGACUGUAUGCAUACUUUUGUUAAGGAAGUCUUUCUUGCUAUGGAAGCAGGCAGAAUUCUAUUAAGACCUGAGAAUGCAAAAAAAUACAGCAUAUUAAUCAGGCCAAAAUCUAUCAAAUUCAUUAAAGUUUUAUCAGUGUCCAGAGAAUCGCUUUAAUUUAUAAAUGCACAGCUUUUUAUCCUGCAACUAGGCUCCUCCAUCUUAGCUCUCUGACAGUCAUUGUUAUAAACUCUGUCCUUUUUACUUGGUUAACUGCAUAGAGAAAGCAUACAGAGAAUAGGAGAAAGGAAACCGUUUUCUCCUUUUCGAUUGCUCUGGUUGUGCCUGGACUGGGUAGUUUGUUAAAUCUGUUGGUAUACAUUUAAAAGAAAAUACAUGAACACAAACAAACAAAUGAGGUUAAAACGAGUUAUAGGUCAUUUUCAUGUUUUGUUUGAUGAUGUAGUGAUUGGUGAAGUGACUGUUCCUCUUUAAUGGGUCAUUAUACAUGCGCAUACUACUUCAGUCAGGAAGUGGCUAAGAUAUCACUAUAACGUUUCCUGCUGAUACUAUUUAGAGAAAUAUUGAGCAUAUGCAAUCAAACAUAAGAUUGUAUGUGUGAAUAUAAAUUCUAGUAGAUCUGGGCAGAGCACUCUUGGGUAAUUACAAUGUUAUCUUACUUUUUUAAAUGCAAUAACUUUGGAGAAAAUAAUCUUGUCUAUUCCACAAGUUUUGCAUUUCUACGUGUUGGUAAAUUGUCGGUUUUAAAUUUCACUUUAACCAACAGGAAGUAGAUGUCACAUGACCAGCCAGACAAGUGAAUGAUAUACAUAAACAAAGUCAACCAAAAGUACAACUUAUUGCAGCACUAAACCACCGUAUGCCACACAGAUGCACAAACAAUUUUAUUCCUUUCCAGUAUCUUUUUAUUUGAACCUGAUAUAGCAAACAAUGUUCGCAAAUACAAUGUACUAAUAUCCAAAGCUUCUAGUGUUAUUCUGACAGUUCUAUGAUCAAAGCACAAUGCUUCAAAGAUAGGGGGAGAUCGGAAACUAUAAAAACAUAUAGCAUUUUAUCACCUUUAUAUGGAAGAGUACAUUUUCUCUUUUUUGUUAGACUUUUAAGGGAAACCUCAGGCAAAACAUUUUAAUGUAUUACAUAGAGAAUGCAUUAACAAAUAUCCAAUAAAUAAAUAAAGCUGAAAGUUGACUAUCUGUUGCUACAGGCUAGCCCCUCCCUCACCAGGAAGAGGAUCCACCAAUCAGCAGUCACUCAUUCUGAUCUAUGGGGUAGAGUUUCCAACACCCCUUACACAUGCCAAUAUUGUGGCAUUAGAAGUCAUUCCAUCUGGCCUGAAAGAAAGUUCAAUAAAUAAGCAAUUCUGAAAUCUUGUAUCAAAUCCUAAUUUCUAAGCAGUAUGUACUGUGGACAACAGAGGGGAGAGUUCUAAAAAUGUUGUGAUCUGAAAAGUGGUUUGGAAAAAAGGAAGAGGUGUGACUAUCGGUGGAAGAUUCCGGUUGAUUUGAUGGUUUCUGUGGUGAGCAUCUAACCGCUGUACCACUACAAAUUUCCCCCUGUGUUUCUUAUUGUGCUCAUUCAUUGUGUUGCCUGAACAUCUCAAAAAAGCAUUGUCCAGAGCAGAUAUAUUUGGGGUAUUUCAAAAAACGCUUAGUUCUAAACACAACUUUUGCUGCUGCCCAUGUCUAUUGCUGGGAAACAGGAUUGCAUUAGUUGACCUAAACUAAUCUUUUGUUUACAUUCUUGUUUUUGGUUUUUAUCUUUUGAAAUCUAAUAUUUUCCGGGUCUUCUUUUUUUAGGAAACUUUCCAAUGAUUAGUGAUGAUUUGGUAAACUCAUAUCACCUUUUGCUCUGUGCCUUGGAUCUUGUUUAUGGUAACGCCCUGCAGUGCUCCAACCGGCGGGAGCUGCUGAACACCAACUUCACAGGUAUAAACUGCACGAUGCAUACUAAUGGUUUUGAGGGUUGUUGUUUUUUGUUUUGUGUUUUCUUUUUUUUUUUUAAAGGUAAUUGACAAUAUAGGAAACUGAAAUAAAUUAGGACUAUAGUUAACUAUUCCACUAAAAUCAUUACCGUUCUUUAGCCGUCUAUUUAAAGAGGAUAAAAUUUAAUAUUUUUCAUAAUUUCUUUGUUUGCUUCAAUGCAAGUAGAAAGAGACUCUUUGGUGCAACGACCUCCGUGAGGCUCAGGGACAGAAGGGUCUGGAUAUGGGGGAUACUCUCAAAAAUUAACUGGUGUCAGGAAGAUUCCAGAAAUCUAGUUGAGAAGUUAUUCUCUAUUAUAGUAUACAUACUAUACAAUAUAUAAUAGCAUAUUUGCAGUUAUACUUUAUGGGGAAAAAUAUAUAUUUACAGUAUAAUUGACCAAUGAGAUGUGUGUCUUACUAAAAAAGUGUUACAUCCUUUCCACUCUCUUUCCUGUUACAUCAUUAUACGCAAACGCUAGUUGAUGUGUUCUAUGUAUUGUGAUUAUUUCAUUUCCUCUGAAGGUUUACCUGAAGAUUUCCCAAGUAAAGACUACAAACCCCCUUCCGAACCUCCUUGCAUCAUUGAAACCCUCUGUAGCCUCCACAAUGGUUUACUUCUAGAGGCCAAGGGCAUUAAGGAACAUUUCUGGAAGCCUUAUAUCCACAAACUGUUCGAGAAAAAGGUUUGUCACUUAUUUAUUGAAUGGUAGCUAAACCUAUGAACACCAAACUAACUUUUUAAACUUUUUUUUUUCUAUCCAAUAUUCUCUUUUGACAAAAGUUUGAAACUCGAAAAACUCUUUCCUUUGUAAGUACAAGACAAUGAUGUCACCAUAACCUAUAAUUUUGUUUCAAUGCCUGAUAUUCACACAGUAUGCUCUAGCAGAUUAAUCCAAUGAGUUUUCGUAUGGCAAUAUGCCCCCAACUGUGGCUCACUAAAUCAGCACGCAGCCUGCAGAGAUGCUCCCGUUCUGCUCAAUGCUGCUAGAGGAAGUGUCGUAACCAGACUUCCUCCACUACAACUUCAUCUUUCUUUCAUACAGAGCAGCACUUGCCCUUGCCAAACAGUCAUACUUUUCAUCUCUCAUUCGCUCAUGCUUCCACAAUCCAAGGUGUCUCUUUGAUACCUUUAAUGCCCUUUUUUGCCCUGCUGUGGCCACCCACCUUACAACCAAUAGCUUUGCAUGCCUUUCCUGCCCUUCAGACUUUCUCCCAGGAUACUGAACAAGAGGUGGCUGUGCUGCUCCUUUCCUCUCGCCCCACCACUUGCCCAGUUGAUCUUGUCCCGUCUCACCUUAUCAGAUCUCUCUCUUCUUGUCUUUUGCCUUUCUUAACACACAUCUUCAACUGCUCUUUCUCUUCUCACAUAGUCCCUGCUGCAUGUAUCUUCACCUGUGUGUCUUUCGUCGCCCUCACCCUUUCUGUGUCUCUUUCUCCCCCACUCCUCUUUUCUGUGUCUCUUUCUCCUCCCUCCCCCUCCCCCCGCGCUCCUUUGUGUGUCUCUUUCUCCCCAAAACAUGUGUGUGUCUUUUUACCCCAGCACCUUUGUGCAUCUCUUUCUCUCCCUAGCCCCGUUGUGCUUCUUCUUACUCUCCCCAAUCCACUUUGUGCUUCUUUUUCCCCCGAGCCCCUCUGUGCGUUUUUCCCCCCCUCACCCCCUCUGUGUGUAUCUUUGUCCCCCUCUGUGAGUCUCUGUGUACCCUCAGCCCUUCUGUGUUUCUCUUUGUAGCCCCUCAGUCUCUGUGUGUCUCUUUGUGCCCCUCUGUAUGUUUCUUUGUGUCCCCCAGCCCUCCUGUGCCUUUCAAUGUUCUCCCUGUGCUUUUUAUUGUCCCCCUUCCUGUACCUUUUUUGUCCUCCCCAUACCUUUUAUUGUCUCCCCUUCUGAACCUUUCAUAGUCCCCCCCACGCCUUUUAUUUCCCCCCUCCCCUCCUGCGCCUUUUAUUGCCCACCUUCCACUCCUGUACCAUUUUAUUAUCCCCCCUUCCCUCCUGUUCCUUUCAUUAUCCUCCCCUCCUGUACCUUUCAUUGUCCCACCUCCUCUCCUGUAAAUUUCACUGAUCUCCCACCUCUCCUGCAUGUUUCAUAGUCCUUUACAUUUUGUUGUCCUCCGCACCUCUAAUUUUGCCCCCUGCACCGCCAUCCAUGUGGCUGAGCAGGUGGUCCACGGCUGAGGAUCUGGUUUCCUGUCCCGGUUUGACAGGAAGUAGUUUGUUGUGUUUCCUCAGACCAGGUAGGUGGCAGUACACCCACUUGGCCAUGCUACAUGCAGUGACUUGCAGGAGCGGAGAUCACGCCACCUGGGCCGGUGUGCCCACCACCUGGACUGCCUGCUGCCCUUAAACAUGCUACUGUAGCACCCAUCUUAAAAAAAAUCCAUCUCUUGAUCCGUCCUUCACUUCUAACUAUUGUCCCGUACCCCUGCUCUUUUUUUUCCCAAACCUUCUGGAAAGACUUCUCUUUACCUAUCUGGCUUGCUUUCUCAAUUCCAACUAUCUCCUUGGCCCUCUUCAGUCUGGCUUCCGCCCCCUCCAUUCUACUGAAAAUGCUUUUAUUAAAGUUACUAACGUCAUAAUCGCAUCUAAAUCCAAAGGUUACUACUCCAUACUAAUUCUUCUUGACCUCUCUGCUGCCUUUGACACUGUUGAUCAUGUUCUCCUUCUCCAAACUCUUCAAUGAGUUGGUCUCCGUGACACUGUCCUCUUGUGGUUUUCCUCCCAUCUCAGGGUCUCCUUUUCUAAUGAUACCUCCUCCCUUUCUCCUGUCUCAGUUGGAGUCCCCCAAGGCUCUGUUCUUGGUCCCCUUCUAUUUUUUUUUUUUUUUAUACCGCCUAUCUUGGCAAACUUAUUACCUCAUUUGGAUUCCAAUACUACUUGUAUGCCGAUGACACCCAGAUUUAAUUUUCCUCCCCGGACCUCUCACAUGCCGUUCUACAUCGUGUCACUGCUUGCCUUUUUUCCAUUUCUGAUUGGAUGUCCUCCCAUUUUCUGAAACUCAAUCUCUCUAAAACUAAACCUCUUGUCUUUCAUCCUCCUAAUAUUGAUCCUUCCCUCUCACUCUCCCUUCAAGUUGGUGGUACCCACAUCAGCCCAUCCUUACAAGCGCAUUGUCUUGGUGUUAUAUUUGAUUCUGGCCUCACAUCUGGUUUGUUGCCAAAUCCUGUUGAUUCCACGUUGAAAACAUUGCCCGCUUCCGCCCCUUUCUUAUGCAAGAUGCUACUAGGGAGCUUGCCCAUGUUCUAGCAAUCUCUCAAAGUGACUAUUGUAACUCUCUCGUAAUUGAUUCUGCCCCGCUACUUCUCUGUUAGUCUAUAAUGAAUACUGGCGCAGACUGAUUUUCCUCUCCUGUCGCUCCUCUCACACCUCUCCCCUCUGUCAGUAUUUACAUUCGCUUCCUGUAUCCUAUAGAGUCCAUUCAAAGUACUAAUCCACACCUAUAAUGCACUGAACAAUUCUAGCCCUUCCUAUAUCUCUUCACUGAUCUGUUGGUAUGCCCCUUCUCAGUCUCUCCACUCUGCCCAUGACCUCCUGUCCACUGCUCGCACCCUAAUGGCCAAUUCACGCUUGCAGGACUGCACGCAGGCGGCUCCUUUCCUUUGGAAUAGUCUGCCUACCACCAUCAGACUCUCCCCUAGUCUUCAAUCAUUUAAAAAGUGUCUCAAAACUCAUCUCUUCAGGAAAGCUUACGACCUCCUAGUGUAACCUCUACCUUACAUAUCCGUCCCUUGCCCUCUCCUAAAGGGCAGCACUCUGUUAUCUUCUCCAGCUCUGCUUCACUCCAACCUUGUUUGAUUGCUAUCUGAUGUCCUAUUGUGUUGUAUACUCCACCACCUCCAAACUGUAAGCUCAUUUGAGCAGGGUCCUCUUCAACCUAUUGUUCCUGUAUUUUUUUGUAAUUGUCUCAUUUAUUGUUAAAUCUCCCCCUCUGAUAAUAUUGUAAAGCGCUAUGGAAUAUGCUGGUGCAAAAUAAAUACCAAUAAUAAUAUAAUUGAAGGGCCAAGGGAAAACUCAUAUUUUAUAGAACUACUAAGAGGUUUGCUGUAGAAGGCACAGACGAUAAAAUCCUUGUCUUGGGAUAUAAAACGUGAUUAGGAAGUGUAUAGAUUCUCCACAUCAGAUAUGCAGGAUAUGUAGAGAGAAAAAAUAUCCAAUGGUACAGUAGAAAAGCAAGUGUCAAAAUAAAAAUAGAAUAUCCCACUUACACAGACCAGAGCAAAGACCUACUCUGGUGGUAUGCAACUUGGGUGGUAAAAAUCCUCACCAGGCAUACACAGGAUAACAGGAAACCACAUGAUAAAAAAAAAAUAGAAAAUUUUAAAUGGACUGUAUUUAAAAAAGUGUUUUUAUUUAAACAAUACUUUAAAAACAAAUUUAACAUAUAGCAAACAAAUAUAGAUAUAAAAUAAGAUAAUACCAGUCAGAUCUAAAACAGUCCAGAUAAGUGUGCGCUUGACGUUUCGCCAGAGGCUUUUAUCAAAAUUGUCCACUCCUUGGUUAACGUUCCACUAUAUAUAGGGGCAUUGGCAAUCCUUAAUUUGCUCCAGGUGUUGUUUCCACGCACUAUCUGGCAUUUGCUAGCGACAUCUUGUGCAUGUUUAUCGUCAGCUGGAAAAAAAUGACAUCCACAGGAAGCCAUCAGUCCACAAUCCUGGAAUGCGGCAGAUGGGCAAGUGUACAUAAUGUAUAGGAAGACAUAUAAUACAUAUGCCAUUAUACCCCAAAAAUAUGUAAUUUAUGGAUGUAUUAAGUGCUCCAAUAAAUCUUUAGCUCUAAAUAAAUAAUAAAAAGCUCUAGAUAAAUAAUUAGCAAUCAAAACUAAAGACUGUUAAUCUCAUUUGUGCUGACUUUUUCUUUCUUUCAGAUCUUGAAGGGAAAAUCAGAAUCUCUAACUGGAUUCCUGGACCCAGGAAACUUUACAGACUCUGUGUAAGUUAACUUAGUUUAUCUAGUUUAGAGUAAUGUCUCACACAAAUUUACCAGUUCUUAGAGCCUGCUUUUCCUUUCCUUGGGACACCGUCAAAAUGUUUGCAAUGUCUGAUCUGAGGAAUGCAGCUUGGUGUCAUAUACUCUAGAGCAGGGAUAGGCAACCUUUGGCACUGCAGAUGUUGUGGACUACAUCCCCCAUAAUGCUCUUACACCUGUAAUGCUGGCAAAGAAUCAUGGGAGGUGUAGUCCAAACCAUCUGGAGUGCCAAAGCUUGCCAAUGCCUGCUCUAGAAUAUGUUGGUAAUAUCGAAUGGUAAUGGCAUCCGUUUUUUGUUUUUUUUCACAUAAACUAAAUGCUAUUAUAAUAAAAAAAAUGGUCUAACACAAAUAAGCAAGAACACACACUCUUUGCCCUAGUGCUGCACUGCAAAAAAAAGGGACUCAUAGUAAGCAUGUAUGCUUGUGUCUGUUUCACUUUUGCAUUCCACAGCAACUAGAAUUCCACAAAUCGAAAAGGGUUACUACUGUAGUUAGUAUAUUAAUUCCCUUUAAUUUUCUUCCUAUAGUAAUCAACUGGUGGGCCAAUGUCCACAGCGAUAGACUCCUUUAGUUUCUGUUAACCAUGUUUGUUGCAUUUCUUGCGCGAUCUAUUGGUCCACAGCCACCUUGAACCACAAAAACCAUCACAAACAUGGUUAACAGAAACUAAGGAGUCUAUCGCUGUGGACAUUGAAAAGCGUGUAAAUACAUAAAACCGUCUAAGACAAUAGAAUAUACCAACACGAAAAAGAUCUACAAAAUAGGAGAUUUUGCAAACUGCAGCACUACCAAAAUCGUAUACCUGAUAACUUGCAGUUGCAAAAUCCAAUACGUCGGUAAAACAUAUCAGGAAUUUCGUAGAAGAAUUCUACAUGUUAAUUCUAUCACAAUCUUAAAAAUCUCAACACCCGUGGCCAAUCACGUUAGGAAUUUUCACGUUACCGAUCUGUCUAGCUUGUCCUUCCAAAUCCUUGAACAGAUUUAUCAGAACACCAGAAAGGGCAAUUUCAACCUAACCUUGCUAAAUAAGGAAUCCAAAUGGAUUUAUGAAUUAAAAACAUUAGUACCACUUGGCCUAAAUUAGGAAUUUACUUUACACCAUUUAUCCAUAAUUAAUCAUAAGCCAUUCUUUAUAUCUCCUCCAAAAUAACCCGUUAUUAUACAACCAGAGUUCCCAUGGUAAUCAGAAAUGUGUAUUCUUUGUUUAUUUAGCCACAUACAAAGAGUCCAUGUCAAGUAUUAUAUUAACUUGUUUCACCUAGUUCCGACAAAUAUAAUUAUUCUCAUUGAUAUGUACUCACAAUCUCCUAGUACGGUUACUACUAAAUAAUCCACCAUCACAGGAAGAUAUCACUUUCCUGUGUUCAGUGCAAAAUAUGUUUACCAUCAACUAAGAAAUUAAUAGAACAUUUCUAACUGGCUAAUUCCAUCCUGGACACCAAUCUAUAAGUUAUGCUACUCCACACAUACAAUUGCAGUCACGCCUCAAAAGUCUGCUAAAUGAACCCCUGACAACAUCCCAAUUGUAAAAUAUAUACUAAGUUAUAAAAUACUUAAUAAUAUCUGUCCUUACUAUUUUCUAAAAAAAUAGAAAUUUCAGAAUUCCACCCCAUUUAGCCUAACACACUAUCUCUCAUCGACCAAAGAAAGUGGUAACCGAUUACAUCCAAAAGGAUACAGUAUCUAUCAUAAGAUUACUAAUUGUUAUGAUACUUUAGUAUCAAUUCGACAUCUGGCCAAACUGGCUACAAGCUUUCAUACUAUUACUUGUAUAUAUUCUGUUAUACAAUGUGAGCAUACUAAGCAACUUAAACGCAUUUAUUUUCUUUAUAUAUUUUGUUUUUAUUAUUUAUUUUGUAUUCACUAGCACAGUGAUAGAAGUAUCACAAAGGUUUAACUUUAUUUUGAAAGACAGGCAAGGAAACAUCACCCGUAUUUGCAUUGGUCAAUUCAAAUUAUUUUUGGCGAAUCAUAACUCGACACCUGCAUUUAUAAUCCCUGAUACUUACCUGUGCCCGAUUCCCCUCUGAAGAGCUGACUGGCGAAACGCGCGCGUCAGGGGCUCGGGUAGCAUCAUCUUCAUAACACAGAUGUCCGUACACUAGGAUUGUGCUUCUAGCCGCGGAAACUGACAUUAUUGCUACGAUCUCAGAAUGUUUGCCUUUAAUUUAUUUAACUCUGGGUGGUCUGGGUACUCGUUAUGACCAAGAGAGAGAGUAGAAUGUUGUGAAAAUAGGGACCAUACUGCAGUUCACUCCUAUUUUACAAACUGGAUCAUGAUCUAUUACUCUAGACCAGUGAUGGCGAACCUUUUUGAACCCGAGUGCCCAAACCGCAAUACAUGCCAACUUUUUGUUCCUUAAAGUGCCAACACAGCAAUUAAACCUCAAUACUGAGGUUUAAGUUUAGAAAAAACUACUCGUACUGUUGUCCGAACUAAUUAACAACUUUUGUUUUAAAAGAACACAACAACAGAGAGUUCAAUGAUACAAAUUUUAAAUAAUGAUAUAAAUAGAUAAAACUAAGCUUAUAUUUAUUAGUAUCUCCAACAAAUGCAAUACAUACACACAGUCUGCUGAAUACACACACACACACAAGACUGAUGAAUACACACACAAACAGACUGCCUCUGAGUACACACACACAGUCCGCUGAAUACACACACUGCUGAGUACGAGGUUUGUGUGUGAGGGGUGUUGUGUGUGUGUGUGUGUGUGUGUGUGGUGUGUGUGUUUGUGUGUGGUGUGUGUGUGUGUGGGGGUGGUGUGUGUGUGUGUGUGUGUGUGUGUGUGUGUGUGUGUGUGUGUGUGUGUGUGUGUGUGUGGGUGGGUGUGUGUGUGUGUGUGUGUGUGUGUGUGUGUGUGUGUGUGUGUGUGUGUGUGGGGUGGGGUGGUGUGGUGGGUUGUGUGUGUGUGUGUGGGUGGUGUGGCUGUGUGUGUGUGAGGGGUGCUGUGUGUGGGGGUGGGGAAGAAUGCUGGGUGGAGGGGGGGUACUGUGUGUGGGGGUGGGGUACUGUGUGUGGGGGUAGGGGUGCUGUGUGUGGGGGUGGGGUGCUGUGUGUGUGUGUGGGGCUGGGGUAAAGGUGUUUUAAAAAAAAAAAAAAGUAUGCUAAAUCAGUAUCCCUCCCUCCUUCUUACCUUUAAUGAAGGAGGCGGGGGACACAGCCAUCCCUGGUGGUCCGGUGGUGGCAAGCACUGCUUCUGUGUCGGGAGGCAAGGGGAGGGAUCUGUGAAGCAGCUCCCUUGUCGUCCCGCGCGAUGCUGUGUGGAGCGUUGCCAUGGUAAUGCGCGGCAACGCUCCACACAGCUGGCUCGCGGGAGGACAGGGGAGCUGCUUCACAGAUCCCUACCCCUGCAUCCUGACACGGAACCAGAGUAGGCGCCUGCCGUUUUGGGCAGGCAGGUGCCUACUCUACAUUGAUGGUGAACCUAUGGCCAUGUGCUCACAGAAAGGACCUGGCGUGCCACCUGUGGCAUGGGUGCUAUAGGUUCACCAUCACUGCUCUAGACCAAAGCCCUCUACAUAGGAAAACCUAUCUGCUUUCAUUAGAUGUUUUUACAACUUUUGCUAUACACUCUAUGCUAUUUUUUUACCUACUAUAUUAAAAGUUAAGUCUUAAUAAUAAUUUGAUUGCUCUCCCAUAGACAGAUUAUAAUCUGAGAUUUAUUUAUCUGUUUUGUUUUUCUCCGUUUUUUUUAACUAAUCAAUCAGGGGUUACCCCCCAUUUCUUGUUAUACAUCUCUAGCAAUCUGUCUACAUUUCGAUUUACAAACUGACUCAACCAUUUCAUUUAGUUUUUUUCCUUGACUAUUAUAUAUGUGUACUCGAAUUCUUGUCUUGAGGGUUCUAGAUGUUUUACCAACAUAUUGGAAACUGCAGGGACAUGUUAUCAAAUAUAUUAAAUUUCUUGUGUUGCACGUAAUAAAGGAUUUAAUUCUUCUUAUUAUUUUUAUUGUGAUCUCUUAAUAAAAUAUUAAAACCUCAAUACAUAGAUCUAAUCUAAACUAUAUUACCCUAUAUGUAUGUUUUAUCUUUUUAGAUUUUACCAUCAUUGUCCAAGUUUGUGGUAAUAUUUUAUUCUGAGUGUGCUCUUACCAUUCUAUAUUAUAUAUAUCGAUAAUAUUGGUUUCGAUUAUCUUUCCAUCUGGACUAUUCCUUCCUUUAGGAUCUGCUGCUCGAUGUAAUAAAUCACUAAUAAGAUUAAUAAGAUCAAAGUGCAUUCAAAGAGUAUUUAAAAUUUUACGGCAACAUUAUCAAACUGCGACGUAGCUGACUUGGAGAAUCUAUGACUUAAUGUUUGGAAGUUACUUUGAAGGUUUUCAGGCUUUUUAUUAGUUGACUAUAGGUGGGAGACUUCCUUUAAGAGAAAGUAAUGCAAAUAACUAUGCUUGUGACAGAACCUCGUAAACCUUAUCACUACCCACUUAGCGCCUGUACUUUGCCCCUUUUUCUUGCUGCCUUAGCACCCCAAACUCAUGUAAUAAGCAUUUUCCACUUUUGUCUGUCUUAAUUUUUGUCUGUUUUUCUAAACACUUAGGAAAGCUAUUAACAAGGCAUAUGAAGCAUACGUGCUGUCGGUGGGAAACUUAGAUGAGCGAAUCUUUCUAGAGGAUGCAGAGGAGGAGAUCGGAAGUAUAGGCCGCUGUUUGAAUACUGUGUCCGGAACCGAGUCUGUGGAGAGGGCACACCUGACACGUAAUCUACAGCAACACUUUGACAUGGUAAGUAAUCAUGCUUAAUCAUUUCAGCAUUUAACUAAUCUGUAUUAAAGGGAUAUGUUAAACACCAAAACGACUGUAUGUAAAUGAUGCGGUUUUGGUGUAUAGAUCUGCAGUCUCAUUUAUCAGCUCUCUCGCUCUUCCGUUUAGGAGAUAAACCAUGAUAAAAGUCAUCCCAUCUCCCAUAACGUCUCCCAUGAGACUCACACAGCAUCCAUGGAAAAAAAAAAAAUAUUUUAAGUUAGCUCCUACAGCACAGUGUUUUUACUUUAGAAGUUUUAAUCUCCUGAUCUUUUACGUGAACUUUAAUCACACAGUCUUUAGCAUGCUAUUAACAGAGCAGGAGAUAAGACAUUCUAAAUGAAAUACACUGUGCAAAAUUAGAUCUUUUUACUGGGAGUUAUUAGGGAGGCUGUGUGAGUCUCAGCCAGAGGAGGUGUUUCUAGGGCUGCUUACAAAAGGAUUUGAACACCUAAAUGACUGACAAUUUAGCAGUGAGAUUGCAGGGCAUGAUAUAUACACCAAAACUGCUUAAUUAAGCUAAAGUUGAGACAGCCAGUGCAGUGGAUGGUAUUAGAUUCCUAGAGUGACCAACUUAGAAUGUGAUGGUGUUGGUAUCGCUAGAAAAAAAAUGUCUGGUCCCAUUAACUAUCACUUGCGACAGCUGAUGAGAAAUGGCAAGAUGUCCCGACAGAGGCUGUCUGAAGCUCUGCUUUUACCACAUUUUUUUUCAAUUUGGCACUUACAAUUUAAUAGACUUAGAAAUAACUAAUGAAAAAAACAAUAAACCAAAUGAUCACAAUGGAAAAGAUGUAAAAUCAUAAAACAUCUUUGUCUACAUGGAAGACUUUACGUUAAAGUACCUUAUUCUCCAUUGAGAGGUCUCCAAAAUACUCUAAUAUAUGCCUCUGCCACCUUCUUAAAGACAACUUACAUAGUUAGUUACGUAGUUACAUAGGCUGAAAAGACACGUGUCCAUCGAGUCCAACCUUCCAUACAUUAGUUUUUUGUUGUUGAUCCAAAAGAAGGCAAAAAAGAAGCACUUGCAAUUUGGCAACAAGCUAGGAAAAAAGUUCCCUCUCGACCCCAGAAUGGCAGUCAGAUUUAUCCUUGGAUCAAGAAGCUAUUAUGUUUUUGCAAGUAUGCAUGUAGUUUCUGUUUAAACAUUGAUACGGACUCUGAUAAAACCCCUUCUUCAGGCAGAGAAUUCCACAUCCUUGUUCUUACAGUAAAAAAAAAAAACCUUUCCUUUACCUUAGACUAAAUCUUCUUUCUUCCAGUCUAAACGCAUGACCUUGUGUCCUAUGCUUAGUCCUGUUUGUAAAUAGAUUUCCACACAAUGGUUUGUAUUGGCCCCGGAUAUAUUUGUAUAAUGUUAUCAUAUCCACUCAGAGGCGACGUUUUUCUAAACUAACUUGAAUUAGCCUCCACUCUCCUCCACAAUCUCAUUGAAGAGUUGUUCUCCCCUCCCUCCCCCCGCCAUUGUAAUUUAGGGCCCACAUCCGCCGCUCAUGGGUGGGGCCACGGGGUGAAGACAAUAGGUUCCCCCCCCCCCUUUUCAUUUAAGGCCCCCAUCCACCGCUCAUGGGGGGGCGUCGGGGGGACAAUAGGUUGGCCAUCCCCCCUUUUUCAUUUAGGGCCCACACCCGCCGCUCAUGGGUAGGGGCCAAGUGGGGCCCUAUGUUAAUAGAUGCUAGUUAAUUGAUGCCCCACCAUGGGGCCACUUUUUGGAAGGGGGGGAUGCUUUUUUUUUUUGCUCACUGUUUAGUAGACAUGCCUUCCGCUUCUGCUCCCUGCUGCUUCUAUUUUUACAUUUUACAAGGACGGAGCUGCGUGCGGUUAGCUCCCUCCUUGUAAUAAACCGAAAUAACAAACGAACACCGAUAAUUGUUUGUUUAUUCGUCUGAAAUUUCUAUUCAUUCCUGACGAAUUAAUGAAUAGACAAAAUUCCCAUAGCAAAUGCCCAAGUGUUUAACUGGGCAUGCAUGGGAAUUUCACAGCGCUAUCUAGUGUAGGCAGAUGACUUCAUCUACCCACACAAAGAUGGUGGCGUCCAGGACCUAGGUCCGGGCACAAAAUAAAGAUUUUUAAAAAGUUAAUUUGGGGGUGACUGGGGGGCAAUUAGAUGUAGUGGAGUUAGGAGGGGGGUUAAAAAGCAACAACUGGAUUUGGCCAUGACAAUGCCGCUUUAAGUUUAGCUCCACUGAGCUGAACAAAAGAGGAAGUAACAGGACCAGUUGCCUGAUUGACAGCCAGGUCGGGAUGUGUAACAAGGUUAAUUUAUAAAAGUGCCAAUUUCUAUUGAAAUCUACACUUUUUGUAAAAUCUUAAAAAAAAAAAAAGGGGGACAUGCUCUUCACACAUCAAUAAUUUCAUUAAGCUAAAGUGCUUUAGGAUCUGGGGUGUCCCUUAAUUACCAGUUUAUUCUGCUUAUUUGAAAAAAAGUGCAGUCAAGUAUCUGGAGAAAUGAAAUUCGAAAAUCUGUGAAAUUCAAAGACUGUGCACAUGCUGCAACAUUAAAUUUGGGAGUUCCACAGGAUACCUGUAAAAUCAGAAGGCAAACAGGGAUUUCUUUGCACUUUGAUAUUGUAGGGUAGGGACUCUAAGUAAUUGUAGUAAUUCAUCAGAAUAUUGAUAAUACUGGCCACUGUCACUCAACUCUUGUUGUCUUGGUAACUUUCCUCUAAAAAGGUUUAGUGAUUUUCAAGACCUCAAAAAUUCUAUCUUGGUCUAUGUGUGUUCGUAUACCCAGAUACACAAAUAAGGAGGGGAGAGCGGCCUCUCUUCUAAUGCAUCUGUUUAAAAGCAUAAAGUGAACUUCCCUAUGUGGUUAUAACAGUACUUCCUCUUUUUGUAAUACAAUACGUGUGGAAAAAUAUUUUGGUAAUGUGUUUAUACUGUAGACUUAAUUGUUUAGUGAACCUUGCAGGGACCUAUAUUCUCAGAGUGGGAGCUAGAAGUGCCCUCAACAUCAUAUGUUUAAAUAGAUAAUGGUUCUUGCUUGUAAACACAGCUUUUUCUAUAGUAUUGAUUGAUGCAACUGGUAAAAAAAGAAAGGUAAUAUUGAUAGAGGUCAAAUAGGUUUUGAAGUCUAGAAGGAGCAUUUUAACUUCUUAAAGGUACAUUUCUGCAAAACAUCAGCAUUUGUAUCAUCCUUGUAUCAAGAAAACCAAAUCUGAGUGUUUGAGUAAAUUGCUCAUGGAUAUUGUUAUCCUUAUUCACUAUAUUAUUGUGCAAGUGUUCAUAAUAUUAAAAAUUAUUUUCAUUCCCACAGAUGAAAUCGCUUCGAAUUUCAACUCCACUUACUGGCCUGAAAUAUGUGAGUGAUAACAGCCCAUACACCACCCCAGUGUCCAGUGCCACGUACAGUGUCAGUCGUCUGUUUUCUCUUAUAUCUGGACUGAAACCAGCUCCUGCUGAGAAACUGCUCCAGAUCCUGAGGUGAGCUGAAAAUCUCUAGGGAGCGAGGGGGUUGCAGCUACAGAAGAAUUUCCCAUGAGGCAGAGUAGGCACCAAAAUACAGGUGGCUGUUAAAAACUCCUACCCACACCCACACUGUGCACACGCGCACUGCCAUCCACACUGUGCACACGCGCACUGCCACCCACACUGUGCACACACACUACUACAUGUACUGCUACCUGACUUUACACACACAAUGCCACACAUACUGCUCCCCAUGCUGUUACACACACACACACAAACUACUCCUCACACUGCUGCCCACACUCCUACAAACACUACUACACAUAAUGCUACUACUCACAUUGUUACUCACACACUACUACAUAUGCUGCUACCCACACAGAGAGCUACUGAUUGACCUUCAGCUGACCGCUCUUAGCCAAUAAGCGAAACCCCUGAUGUAGUCUGAGCCUUAGUUAUCUAGGGUUUCAAAAAGUGAAAGGACAGGAGAGCAUAUUGAUCCAGCGCUGAAACAUAGACUUUGGGGUUAAACCACUUCUGAAUGGUUUAACCCCUAAGGGUGAGCUAGCAACAGGGACCUUCUGGUGCCAAAACUUAAUUUCAGUGAGCUUCUUAUUGUGCCCAAACUGGUUGUUUAAUUUCUCUGCAACAGAGCUUGCAUGAAAAAGUUAGUCUCCAAAGAGAAAGCACACAGUUUACAUCUGCCCACUGAAUAAGAAAGAAUUUAUGGCGUAUUAAGAGAAAUGACCAGUGUCCGUGCAUACAAAUAUAACAAAUAUAUAGAUGUAUGUAAAAACCAGGGGCAGGAAACCUUUGGCACUCCAGAUGUUGUGGACUACAUCUCCCCUGAUGCUCUGCCAGCAUUGUGGCUGUAAGAGUCCUAUGGGAGAAGCAGUACACAACCCCUGGAGAGCCAAAAGUUUCCUACCCCUGAUCUAAACGGCCAUUAUUGCUUUAGGGGUGCUGGUUUUGCACUCCCUUCCCACAUGGAGUCCCAAUACAAUGAACAACAUAGUAUUCCAUAGUCUCUUGACACAUGAUGGAAUAUAAUAGGAUUUGUCUUGUCAUGAAGGGAUUAAAGGAUGAAUUUUAUGUUGAUUCUUGCUCUGUCUCUCUCUUAGAUCUUGUUCCCGGGACCCUACUCAUGCAAUUUCUGAAAGGCUCAGAGAAAUGUUUGAUACUUUCUGUGGGCACACUGUGUCCGAAGGAGGAGAAAAUCAGUUUUGCAAAGGUCUGACCAGUUAUCAAAUUGAUUUAAAGAUGAGAGCAAUUAAAUGUCCAUAUCUUAUGCUAAAUCCAUAGGUGCUCAGUCAGCUAUGUUGAUUAUUUGAAUGUUGACCUGUUGUCAUACGAGUUUUAUGAUAACCAAAACAUUGGCUGAAUCUAGCUUGAUUUUUAGAUGUCAUUUAGGUCCUGUGGGUUAAUUUGACAAAACAUUGCUCUCUCCAUAGAUAUUGCAAAAAAAUAUUUCCGACUUGCAGAGGUACUGUAUUACAAGGUGUUAGAAUCUAUUAUUUGCCAAGAAAAGAAACGUCUGGGUGAUUCGGACCUGUCUGUAAGUAGAAUAAAUGUAUUAUUUCCAUUGUUUAAUUUCUUUACGUUACACUUUGGUUAACCUUCAAAAGACUAUUUUCGCUGGAAUAGUUUUGACAAUCUAAACAGGAAGGGGAAAAAAUGGACUAUAUAAUUAUAAAUGGUGGGUUAGGAUUUUUUUUUUUUUGAAUAUUUAAUCUUUAUUUUAUAUAUUUUUUUUUUAAACCUUAUUAAAUACAUAUAUCAUACAAAUACAAAUAUCAUACAAAUAUACAUUUAUAAUACAAAAACAACAUAGCAGCAAAAUAGGGGAGGGAAGAGAAAAAUACAUCAAAAAGAUUUCCGUAGUAGAGUGGUAAUAUCAUUUAGAUAAGUCUCAUAAUUAUUUACAAUGUUCAUGGAAUUAUUCUACUUCUAAUUGAUCGGCAUUAUUUUCUACAUCAAUCAUCUCAAUACACUUUGACCAAACAGAAAUCUUAUUGCUUAAUCUUUGUUUACUUAGCAUCAGCUCCAUUCUAAUCUGAAACUCGAGUUGAAUUUUAACUUUCUUCCAGGGGACUUCUAAAUCCCUUUUCCACCAUCUCGCAAUUACUAUUUUAGCCGCUAAAAAAAGAUGUAUAAGAAUUGCUUUUAAUUCAUAUGUCAUAUGAGGCCAAUUCAGAUGCAGUAGAACUACCUCUGGAGAAAUUAUCAACUCGAGUUUUAAAUUAUUGGAUAUAAAAUGCUGUAUUUUCAAGCAGAGAUUUUUUAAUUUGUGACAAUCCCACCAAAUAUGUCUAAAAUUGCCUCUAAUACUAUUACAUCUCCAACAGAUAGGAUUAAUUAGAGAGUAAAUUUUAUUCAAUUUAGCUGGUACUAAGUACCACCUAUUUAAAACUUUAAAGUGCGUUUCUAAUAAAUUUAAUGAAUGUAUAUUUUUCUUAACAUCCAUCAUUGAAGAACCCCAUUGAUUCAAAUUAAUAUCGAUAUUCAAAUCUUGUUUCCAAACCUGUAUGGCAGUAGGAUUUGUAUCUUUGACCAUUGAUUUAAUUAAUAUUAGAGCUUUGGAAAGUGGUUUAUUGAUUUUUUUUGACGUGAAUAAUAAAUCUAUCAAAUUGCUCAGGUUAGAUUUUGGUAUUAUAAGGUGUGUAUUCAUAUAACUUUUAAGUCUUAAGAAAUUAAACACCUCUCUAGGAGGAAGAUUAUAUAUCCCUGUUAUUUGAGCAAAGGUUUUGAUUGAUCCUUCUAUCAAUAAUUGGUCCAAAGUCGUUAUCCCUACUUUUUUCCAAUUAUUUAAGUUUAAGUCUUCCACUUGUUUUUCUACAAUAUCUAACUCUAAAUAACUUGGAACUUUUUUUUCUAUAUUCAUUGCUUUUUUAAUUUUUAACCAAUUUUCCAGUAAUUGAGUUAAAAUAAUACUGGCAUACUCUUUUUUUCUUUGACAUUUUAUUUAUAUUCCAAAUUAAACAGUCUAAGCUAGAAACUUCUCCUGCCUUCAAUUCCAUUUUAUACCAUCCCUCAUCUUUAUUUUCUUUCAUUUGCAUUCUAUAAACAUGUAGGAUAGUAGCUGCUUUAAAAUUAUUCAUUAUAAAUGGAUAGUCAAGUCCACCUUUAUGUAUUUUCUGCACUAAUAUUGAUUGUUUCAAUCUUGGCUUCUUGCCUUUCCAAAUGUAUUGAGUAAAACUUCUUUGUAUUAAUUGAAGCCAAUGGAUUGGGAUAUGGAGAGGUAGCAUUUGAAACAUAUAAUUCCACUUUGGUAUGACGUAUGAAUUGAUAACAUUUAGGGUUAGGAUUUUUUUAUACUGCUUUUGUAGCCUACUGAUAGAUGGGUAAGGGAUUUAGUACAAAGUGAAAUUAUUUCAUUGGCAUGAUGUAAUUGAUGUAACAUAAAUUGGAUGACCUAUUUUUGUAGCUAUGAAGAUGUGCAAGUAAUCUCAGACUGCACAGUUCUGUCAACGUUGUUGCUAUGGAGAUGUCUGAUGCACUCCUACACACUACACCAGGACAGGCGAGCGAUUGACCCCCAGAUGUUGUAGAACUGCAACUUCCAUGAUGCUUUGCUCUUAUAAUAGCUGGCAAAGCAUCAAGGCAGUUGGGGUUCUGCAUCUACUGUUUGCCGAACCGCCGCACUAUAUGUUGCUGUCAGCAUUAUUGCCGUGGAGAUCUUAUAUAUAUUUUUUUACAUAGCAAUUAUUAAUUUUUUAAAAAUUUUAUUUGGUUUUGCUACUUUUCCAGAAAAAGAUUGUGGGGAAAACUUCACAUUUUUGGAGGAUAGUUUGGGAUUUUAUUGGAUACCUUUCAGCUUUGAAGACGUUAACAUGUUAUGUAUAAAUUGUUGAGAUUGUGCUAAUUUCAACUAUAACUUCUCACCAGGUAGCAGUCAUAAUAAGAAAAUUACCCCGCGCAUCAAACUGUUUGGGGGCUAAUUCACUAAUCACCAGAUUGUUGCGAAUUGAAUUGAAUUGCAAAAUCUAGGUCAAAAUGACUGAUUUGGGAAAAAUUAUACUACUCUAGCCAGUCAAAGGCUGGUUAUUUUAGUAAGGAUUAUUUCAAGGGAUUCCAAACUAAAUUUAAAAUUUUUAGGUCAAAAUAGCUGAAUUGGACACAAUCUCUCAAUAAGCUAUGUUUUCAGUUGAGCUAUAUUCUGGCCUUAAAGGAACACUAUAGCGUUAGGAAUACAAAUAUGUAUUGCUAACGCUAUAGAGCCCUAGUCACCUAAACGGUGAGUAGGGCAUCUUCCGUGGCAAAUAAAUGGUUAACCGUUUAUUUGCUUACCUUAAUCCAACACCAGACUCCCUUGGCGCUGGUGACCUCUCCUCCUCCAUCAACGACCGCUCCCGAGUGGACCCGAAUGGGCAUGCGCGGCCAGGGGUGCGCACGCUCAUUCAAACCUGCCCAUAGGAAAGCAUUACUCAAAGCUUUCCUAUGGGGAUCUUUUUUGACGCUGGACUCCGUGAAGAUGUCCAGCAUCAAAUAAGUGCGAUUUACUCUGUGUAAAUCGCAGAAGCACCUCUAGUGGCUGUCAGGGAGACAGCCACUAGAGGCUGGAUUAACCCUGCAGUGUAGACAUAGCAGUUUCUCUGAAACUGCUAUGUUUUCAGCUGCAGGGUUAAAACUAGGGGGACCUGGCACCCAGACCACUUCAUUGAGCUGCAAAGGUCUGGGUGCCUUUAGUGGUCCUUUAAAUGUGAAAUUCACUUUAAAUUCUGGAAAAUUGACACUUUAGCGAAUAAUCAUAUUAGUUUUUAGACCAGUAAUGAAGUGUUGCACACCGGUAUUAAGUAACACCUGAGCUCUGUGGUAGAGCUCCACUAACCUCAAAAAUUCAAAGCACAGGAUGAAUACUCAGGUUUAUUGUGAAUAUCUCUGUUUUAUCUUUGAUCCCACAAUAAACCUAUCUAAAUAUUCACACUACGCCGUGCAAUCUGUGGCUCUUGACUUUUGAAUGUUCGUUUUUAGUUAGUGUUCUGCAGACAAAUUGAACUUUUUAGAUAUAAACGUUGCCAAAGUUGUAGAAUAUUUCUUUAAAGUAGGUCAGCUUGGUAAUUUGGCCCUCCUUUUCAGUUUGGAAUGCCUUCAAUAAAUGUAUAAUGUUGCUGAUUAAUGAUUCUUGCUUUAUUUCAGAACAUUCUGGAACAGGAUGUCUUUCACAGAUCCCUGUUGGCGUGCUGCCUUGAGAUUACCAUGUUUGCCUACAAGCCCCCUGGCAACUUCCCUCAAAUAAUUAUGAUGUUUGACCUUGCGCCAUAUAAUUUUUAUAAGGUCUGUUCCAAUAAACAUGCAUGGGCCUUUGAACAGUAUCUAUCUUUGCACCUGUCUGGUAUUGAUUUAUCUCCUGUUACAUGUCUUGCUUCUUCAUCUCCACAUUUUACUGGUUUUCUAACUAUUAUUGCCAAGUUUAUUCAUGUUCCCUGACUAGUCUGUCCUCCAUGUUAACUUAUAGAGACACUACAGUCACCAGAACAACUACAGCUUAAUGUAUUUGUUCUGGUGAGUAUAAUCAUUCUCUUCAGGCUUUUUGCAGUAAACAUUGUCUUUCCUGGGAAAAUGCAGUGCUUACAUUACAGCCUAGGAAUACCUCCACUGGCCACUCCUCAGGUGGCUGCUAGAGGUGCUUCCUUGGGAGGUGCUGCACAGUGUGACUGACAUUAAGUGUGUCCCCACCAUCUGCAUGGAGACACUGAACUUUCCUUAUAUACAUGCAUUGAUUCAAUUAAUCUCUUUUUUGGAUAAGCCUUUCAAAUGAUUUAGUAUUUUUGGAUCAACGUUUUAAAAAUGAUUUUUAUAUUUCGAUAUUUUUUGUGUAUAAUUAGAUAUUUUAUUAGUUUGAAAAAAAUUUUUUUUAUAUAAUUGUAAACAAAAUUAUGAAAUCAUUUGAAAAGCAUAUCCAAAAAUAUUAAAUCAAGGCCUGUAUGUGUAAAGUGUGAUAAAUAAAUGUAGAAAUCCACACCUCUUUAUUCCUUCAAAUUAGUGCCUUUAUCAUAGCUCCCUGUCAAUCAUUGUAAUAAGCUCUAUACUUUACACACAGAAGUCAACAUAGAGAAAAACUACAGAGAAGAAUAAAACAAUAUUUCUCCUACUUGUUUGCAAUGUUUGUCCUGGCUUUGACUUAUCUGAACUGGCUUAUAAAAAUCCUUUCCUAAAUAUUUAAUAUAAAUUUAAAAGAAAACAGAGUGUUUUUUGGUAAAUUCCAAUGUUUUAUUUAUUGUGUGAAUUGCAGUUAACCUACAAAUAAAGUUUGGUCCUUUCUUGCUCGUGAUGGGAUUGACUUGCCUGCUUCGAGAUGUACAGUUAACGCUUUCUUCCCGUUGUAGGUGAUUGAAGUGUUUAUUAAGGCAGAGGAUGGUCUGUGUCGGGAUAUGGUGAAGCAUCUGAACCACAUUGAAGAACAGAUAUUGGAUAGCAUGGCGUGGACACAUGAUUCCCCAUUAUGGGAAAAGAUAAGAGAGAAUUGUGAAAAGCUCCCACUCUGUGAAGAGGUUUGUACAGCCAAAGAAAUACAUACUGUUGUGAAAAGAUGUUAGUCUAUCAGGAAGCACUGGCUGUUUGUCAUGUUUGUUUAUUUUUUUAUGUCUUAAACUGUAGGUUAUGCAUCCUCAACACUUUGAGAAAUCCUGUUGUAACAGUGCAACAAGCUCCCCCACUCCUCUCACCCCCAGAAGAGUGAACGAGAUUCGUGCAGAUGCAGCAGGCCUUGCAAGAAGUUAGUGCUCUAUAGCUUGUGUUUGGUGUCAUGUCUAAUACGCAAUGUAAUGUAUGUACAGAAUUGAAGAUGUAUUGUGCAUCACUUAUAUAUCACAUGUUAACCUUGAGUAAAAUCUGUUCUAGGCACAGUAUUUUUGAGAAAUCUAUAUUGUCAUAAUUCUCCCAGAAUACUUUACGGGAUAUGCAAAUCAGCAUAAACCAGCAUUGUGUUUCAGAUUUCAUCAUGCAUUUCAACAGAUUUUUUAUUUAAUUUUUUUAAAUAAACCUCUAUUGCAUGGUAACAAUACACUCCUAUGUCUUUUGACUGUAAUUUAAAUGGUUGAAAGCUAAAGUUAUAUUGCAUAGGGAGGUUUAUUUGUAAGAGCAGUAGCUAUGCAUGAAUGAAUGUCAUAACAUUUGGAUGGUGGGAGAGGGACCCAAAUCCACAUUCAGUCCAUUGUCUUUUAGUACUGAAAAAGCUCUCUCUCUCCCUUUAUAUUUAUUCCAUAAACUUAUAUUUAAUACAUUUUAGUAACUUUGGACCAUGCAGUGCUAUGUCACAGUGCAAUUUGCUGAUUAAAAUAACUUUAUAUUUUUUUUAAUAAAAGCUGUCCAUUUUUGCUAAACAGGAAUUUGCUAAUCAAACUUCUGUUGUUAUAUAAAGGUAUUCCUUCAUCCCCGGCUAAUGUUAGUGAGCGCUACAACUCCCCUGCUCCUGGAACAGCACGUAGACGCCUCUUCAUGGAAACAGAUAGCCCAACAGAUACCGCCAGUACACCCCAAAACUCUCCACACACCCCUGCUGCAACCGAGUCUGUAACUACAACACCGGUUCCUGGCCAGACACUGGUUACCAUGGCAACAGCCACUGUAACAGCCAAUAAUGGCCAAACUGUCACCAUACCUGUGCAAGGUGAGUAAGCACUUUAGGAGAACUAGAAGUAGGGAACAACACUGUAAUUCAUAAUACCAGUCUUUUUUUCCCCAUUAAAGAUGUGCAAGGCUUUCCUCCUUUUGUUUUGUACGCACCUUUUUUUUUAUUUUUAUUUUUAAAAGUAAUUGGAAAACUGUUUUGUUACAUUGUAUUUUUUUUUCCUGUUCGUACUUGUCUAAUACAGACUAAUGGGAAUUUUUUUACGUUUGUGUUUAGUAACCAUAUUGAAUUGCUGUGUACUUUUGAUGUGUGUUCAAAAUAGAUCAUAAUAAUAAAUGUCAAUAUAUAUAGUCUCCUACCUCCAUGCAGGUAUUGCCAAUGAAAAUGGAGGGAUCACAUUCUUUCCAAUGCAAGUGAAAGUCAGUGGACAGCCUCACAAUGUACCGAGUACAUUACAGCCCCUCACUGCACAGACUCUUGCAGGCCCUUUAACCUCUCAGCAGAUUCAGGUCACAGGGCAAGUCACAACUCCACAGGUCCCGGCUUCUCCAAACCAGAGGAAUGUGACCAGUUCGAAACUGAAGAAGACCAGCUCAUUCUCCCUGUUUUGCAGACGGGUAAGGCAUUAGGAAAUGUGUGUAUGGUAGGGAAUAUUUCAAAUAAAUAACCACACAAUAAACACAGACACAGUUUAUUUAUAUUUUAAUGGGCUAGGCUGUACUGUUUAUUUAAAGCUUUAAAAGGGGGCAUACCACCAUAACAGUAUUAUUAUUAUUAUUAUUAUGUUAUUAUUUAUAUAGUGCCAACAAAUUCUGUAGCGCUUUACAGUGGGUGGACGAACAGACAUGUAGUUGUAACCAGACAAGUUGGACACACAGGAACAGAGGGGUUGAGGGCCCUGCUCAAUGAGUUUACAUGCUAGAGGGAGUGGGGUAAAGUGACACAAAAGGUAAGGAUAGUAUUAGACUAAUGACAGUUGCAAGAGAGGAAUCAGUUGGGAGCUAUUAACAGUUUAACUAGUGAUGUAAACGUGCAUGCUACGUCACGUUUUCGCCGUGCACGCACAUUCUGGGGUCAUGGGACCCAAAUCAGCCAAUAGCAGGGUUUACUGCAGUUGUUCAGUGCCCUGUCAUGGUUUCCAUCCUGUUGGUUAUCCGAGAGCACGUUCCUGAUUCUGAAUAUUGGUUUUUGAUCUUGGCUUGACUUCAUGUAUUUCUGGUAUCCUUGACCCUUUGGCUUUGGAUAACGAUAACAUAUUUACAUAAACUUGUAACUUCCAAAACUUUUAACUUUCACCAUCACCUAAUUGCCAGUCAGUUAUAGCUAACCUGACCGCCUUUUAUAUCCAACCAUUUGACACAUAUUCUUCCUCCGAACUUGAACCUGAGGAUGACUUUGCCCCGAUGUUUUCUAACACCACGACAUUAAUUAUAAAGAAAGUUUAAAUAGGGGAGGGAGGGAGUCCGUCUGUGCUUCUCCUGCCUUUGAAACAGCUGUGUCACCGAAUCUGCCCAGCUACCUGUCCCACUCUGCCCAACAACUUCACUAGGGGUCAUGGACUUUUACUAGACUUUCCCUUACUGUAAAAACAGGACAGCUUAACACUGUAUUGCCAUCAUACAUAUAUGCCACAGUGCUUGAUGCCUGUGGCAUCUUAUUUAUAUGUAACUGAGAGCUCUGUCUUGAUUUCAUAAAACAUACACAAGAAAGCUUCACAAAGACAUACAAAGUCUAGUUUUUCAGGUAAGUUAUUUUACCAUUUAAAUUUCAGUUUGCUACCGUUCAGACUUUAGUAAAUAGACCCUUUUAGAAGUGGCUGAAAUGGGAGAGAGAAAUGCACAGAGGACUAUCCCUAAAUUUCCCAUGAUGUCUACAGUUGGCUGAGCAUCAUGGAAAAUGGGGUGACAAGGUUUACCAUCAGUGUUAUAUAAUUACAUACAAGACCUAUUGAUUGCUGUAAUACAAACUAAAUCCUUGUGCCGACCUUCCCAUUAUCUGUAAUACUCACAUAAUUACAUGCAAUGUAUAAUCUCUUACAUUGGUUCUCUGAUUCCUUCACUGUACAGGUUUACCAUUUAGCCAGUGUUCGCCUUAGAGAUCUGUGCCAGAAGCUCGAUGUUUCUGUCGAACUCAGGAACAAAAUCUGGACUUGUUUUGAGUAUUCCAUUGUCCAUUUCCCAGACAUGAUGAAAGAUCGUCAUUUAGACCAGCUCCUGAUGUGUGCUGUGUAUAUCAUGGCCAAGGUAAGAAGGGUGGGACAUGAAUGGCAUGUGACCACUAUGAGGUUCCCAUGUUGGUUAUAAUCUGGCCUUUCAAUAAUCACCCUUAAACAAAAUACAUGUUCACGUACUUAGAGUGGGGCUUUUUGUGUGGUUUUUUUUCACCCCGUUUUUAUUCUAGAUUAUUUUAUUUUCUCUCUGCAGGUUACAAAGGAGGAUGCAUCUUUCCAAAAUAUUAUGAAAUGCUAUCGUACCCAGCCUCAUGCAAGGAGUGAUGUAAGUUCAUAUUUGGCUAAUAUAUAUUAUCAAUGCCAAAGUCAUAACUUCAUAUAAAAUAAUCACAAGGAUACUGGAUCCUAAAACGUACCAGGAAAUAUGCUGUGAGAAUUAAUAAAAAAAAGUAAAAAUUUUAAAAUGUGUUUUUAAUGAUGACUUGUGCAGGAAAAGUGAUGCCCCUAAAUAGGAAUGAAGGGGCCGCUGUUAACUAAACAGUGAAAAAUUAUUUUUCAAAAGUUGAUAAAAUAGUACACAGCAAAAGAUACUAUAAUAAAAACUAAAAUGAAACCGCAAAAAAACAAUAUAAAAAGAGCAUGGCAGUCCAUGUAGUGAACAGUCAAUAACACUUUAUAUUGUGAUAAAAUGUAGCAAAAGUGUAUCAGCGGCCAAUAUGUUAGAUACCUGUUACUGAAUAGCAGGAACUAAAAUCAUCUGUGGCUGAUAUUCUAUGACCUCCAUAGGACUACAUGGGAUAGUGACAUAUAGGUGAAAAGUCUUCUUUAGAGGGGUAUAAUACCUAACCUUGAAGUGGUCUCAUAUGUUGAGCGAUGUCUUGAGAGCUAGAAAGGGAAAAAAACAAUAGACACAGUGUUCUCGGUAAACACUUUAUUACAGUAUUAUUAUUAAACCCUUUCUUCGUAAUGACUUAUAAAGGGUUUACAGAGAGCACUAUGUCUCUCUUGUUUUUGCCCUUUCUAGAUCUCAAGACAUCGCUCAACAUAUGAGACCACUUCAUUGAGUCCACUCCUCUUUGCCCUCACUAUUUUCCCUCAACAAAUACGGCUCAUACGAACUCCCCUGUGUGGUAUUGAGACAGGGGAGGUCUCGGGAGCACGUCACAUACUUCGGGGGCAGGAUGACUCAACAUGUGACUCGCGACGCCGUUGUUCUAUCAAAAUCCCCUACCCUCGUGACUUCCGGUGAGGGGAAUCAGCUGGAUCCUGUGCUGCACAUGCAUGCUAGCACGCCUGCUACUCCUCCACAGCAAGGUCCUGGAAGGUAAGUAAAGCUAGUUUUACACUUUAAUUAUAGUUAGUGCAUUCACUAAGCUUAAGCACAAGGGACAUUUUGGGUUAAGUGAGGGUGCAAAUUAGGGUUAGUUAAGUGAUUUUAACCUCUCUCACACUCUAUUCUUACCCUAACCCUUGGGGUAAGGGUUAAAAUAAAGUGUGAAAAAGCACAAUUUAGUGAUAUUCCCCUAAUGUGAAAUAUCACUAAAUAGGAACAAGUCCCUAAUCCUAACCCUAAUUUGAACCCUAACAUUAACCCUAAAUGUCCCAUGUCCUAAGCUUAGUGAAUGCACUAACUAUAAUGAAAGUGUCAAACUAGUUUUACGUACCUUCCAGGACCUUGCUGUGGAGGAGUAGCCGGAGUGUUAGCACGCAUGUGCAGCACAGGAUCCAGCUGAUUCCCCUCACCGGAAGGGACGAGGGUAGGGGAUUUUCAUGGGUAGGGGAAUUUGAUAGAACACCAUUCCCAGCCUUCCCUGAGCGUGUGUGAUGAUCAGACUCCCCCCUCAAACAGACAGGUGCACGUAUGCUAGAGGGAGGUUGGAACGGAAUGGUGACGUCACGUGGUUGGAGAGGGUUGACAAUUGCAGAUACCCGCGACUUCACUUCCGCCAACCACAGUAGGCAGGGCUAGCUCUUCCGCCAACCACCACUGCCCAUCAAUUAAAUUUAAUGAUAGAAAUGGCUCCAUAAUGCGGCGAAUUAACUACAUUACCACCCCAUCUUUACUCCUCAAUCACAAUUACAGACGCUUCCAGGACUUUGCUAUUGGAUAAUAACAAACCCAUGUGAGUAAAGAGGAAGUGCUACAAGACAUUUAAAAAUGAAAGAUUCACAGGACCAGACCUACAGCUGACUAAGGAAACUCUACAAGAGUGAAACACGUUUUGGCAAAUUCAGGACUCCCUUAUUUCUAUUUUCUAUUUUUUAUUUUAUUACAUGUUACAAGUUAUACGUUAUCAAUAAAUAUAUUUUAUAUAUCUUAAGAAGUCCUCUGGAUCCUAUUAAAUCUACAUUGGGGUAGUGCCAUCCCCCCUGAUAGCUAUCCUACCUCAGAGCCGGGAUUACUAGGCUCUGAGAAAGGUGAGCAUUUUACUUAUUUCACCUCCCAUAUCAUUUUAAACAUUCUACACAUUGGUUUCCUUCUCUCCACGUUUUGUCUUUGAGAUACAUCUUAUCAUAGAUUGAAGGUGUGAUGCUACCUUGAAAGCAUGCAAGCAUGAUUACGGAGCCAGUAUUUAUAUACAGGCUCCUUUAAAUGUGAGUGUUUCUUUUUCACCACUAUUUCAUUUUAUUUUGACUAUAUGUACCAUCUGCACUAUAUUGUACUUUUUAUCUUUUUUUAUAUAUAUAUAUUACCAACCACGUUUGAUACCAACCCAUGUGGAGUAAGUCUACCCGUUUAUAUAUAUCAGCACUCCACUUAUACCACCUUAUAGACUUUGGAUUUCUUUGGGUGUGAACAAGAGGAUAUUUCCACACAAGGGUUUACAGCUGGUGUAAUUUAUAUAUUUGAUUUUAGCACUUUGUUGGACACACAUUCCUCCCAAAAGGAGGUACACCUCACUAGUUUUUGAUCAAUUCUCACAGCAUAUUUCCUGGUGUGUUUUAGGAUCCAGUAUCCUUGUGAUUUAUUUUAUAUCUUGAGCUUUUAUGGGGGCUUUUUUUAAACCAAUAGAAAUUAAUGUGAGUGAUGGUAAAAAUAAGCCGUUUUCCAAAACAUUCCAAAUUCAUUCCCUGUCUUUCCACUCGAUUUUGGAUAGGUUUAUUCCUGUACGUUUUACCUCUAGUCAUAUCUAGCAAGAUCCAAAACAAGCUCUCCCUUCAAUUUCUAAAUCUCACAGGUCUACAGAAGUGUCCUCUUAGAAAGACGUAGAAGAAGGCAAUCUGGGAGCAGCGACGUCAAUCUGCAAACAAACUCCCCAGCAGAACACAGCAAAGAUCUUGGUAUGAAAUAAUAUAUCUCACAUUCACAAGUUAUCAGUGACAAUGUAGAACAUGUGUACUUUAUAAAGUACUCCAUAUUCAAACACAUUUUAAGGUUAACUUUAUCAUUUUUAUACUUUUGUUUUUCUUGUGCUAUGGACAUAACUUUUAAUAUACAUGUAAUUUAGAGACUAUCGCUUUAUAUUUAACUUAUAGAGAGAACUCAAAGAAGUUCCCUUUUCUUGACUCAGAUAUUUAAAAAAAAAAAAAAACUGCAUCUGCCAUUGAGACAGCUGAAAACCUAAAAUUACCCACUGGUAGUUUCAGCUGUUGAUGCUGUCAGCAGAUUUUUUCAAACCUGAUCAGUCAUGCACUUAUCUUAUUGUAUAAUUGAUAGUCUAUAUUGUAUAACGAUAUGUGACUUGUAUCCUCAGUAUAACACACAAAAAAAUUAGAAACCUUGCACGUCUCCCUCUUCUAGGCUGUGCAUCUGCAAAGCAAAUAUAAAUGAUCAUUUAGAUAAAAAUGCUCAUUUCAGAGUAACCAGCUAUAAGAUUAUAAUCACUUUGUUUGGAAUGUACUUUACAUGAAUGCCUUUUAAGCUAUUCGAUAAAGAUGAGGUUUACCUACAUUUUUUUUUAAAUGAAGUACAGAUAUCAGAACUGCUUUGCACUUUUGUCUAUUAAUUUUUCAAAGUUCAGCUUAUAUCUUGUAUAUUGGUUUUAAUAAUUUGUCUAUAAACUUCUCCACCUCAUCUAGACAGCCGCGAGGCAAGCCCAGUAAUGAGAUCCAGCAGUACUUUACCAGCUGCUCAGCCCAACAGUGCUCCCCCAACACCUACACGUGUGCCGGCAAUGAGCAGUGAUAUGGAGGGAGAGCAGAGAGGGGACCUCGUUCAGUUCUACAAUAAUAUAUACCAUGACAAAAUGAAAACCUUUGCAUUGAAAUAUUCAAAAAAAUCUUCGGUAAGUAGAAGGAACGAUAUUGCAUACUUUAGAAGACAUAGUGGGUGUGUUCUGUGCUUGUCGAUAAAGUUGGCUAUUAAUCAUUGUAAGACACAGGGGGCAUUUUCUGUGCUUGUUGAUAAAGUUAGCUAUUGAUUAUUGUAAACACCUACAGUCGGUAUAAUUAGGAGGAUAAAACUGACAGGUUUACUUGUUUAACACUUGUUUUGAACUUCUUUCUUCAUUGGUACCGACCAACUCUUAGCUUUUACCAUUUUGCAAAUAAGGCAUAUAUAUAUAUAUAUAUAUAUGUGUUUUUCAUUACUCUAGCAACACCUCAAAAACACUAUAAAAGGUUCACUUCAUGCACAGGCACUUCACCCAACAAAUUUCACAAAUAUUUAUCGAAAAAUACAUACAUCAUAGAAAUGCUUUAGUGCUUAAAUGUAUUUAGAUAUGACAUAAUACAAGAUUUAUUUAGAGUUUUCAGUUAUCAAUUAACAUUAUGAGUGUUGAGGCAUUGUAGUAUUUUUAGUCAGGUAUGUAUUCUUAUGUUUAGCAUGGAAACCACUGGUUUCCAUUGGGUCCUAUUAAAGGGACACUAUAGUCACCAGAACUACAGCUUAAUGUAGUUAUUCUGGUGAGUAUAAACACUUACAUUGCCCCUAGGGACACCUCCAAGUGGCCACCCCUCAGAUGGCUACUGGAGGUGCUUCCUGGCUCAGUGCUACACAGUAGGCAGAAGUGCUCUUCAUUUUCUUUAUAGAGAUGCAUUGAUUUCAUGCAUAUCUACAAGGAGGUGCUGAUUGGCCAAAAUGGUGUUUGGCCCCACCCCCUUGCUGAUUUUAGCCAAUGGGGAAAGCAUUGGAUUGGCCAAAAAUAGGCAGUUCUGCUGAUGUCACUAAGGGGACGAUGCCAUUGCCCGCAGACCCGCACUGCUCUGGAAAUAAGGUGAGUUUUAUUAACUUUUAAGGGGGGUGGGAGGGGAAAGCCACCUAAAUGGUGGGUUUUGCACUAUAGGGUCAGGAAUAUGUGUUUUUUGUUCAUGACCGUAUAGUGUUCCUUUAAUAGCUGUAGGAGAUGUUAACACUUUUGUCAGCUGCUAAUUAUCAAGUGUUAAAUGGUACAAUUUCUAGAAUGGGACUGUUGGUAAUUGCUAAUGACAGUGAUUGGUAUUUUAGUCAUUAUCAGCCUGUCGCUAAAUGAACAAACAUAGAAAUGAACCUAUAGUGUUUUUUCUGUCAAUAUGAAGCGUUGCUCACUUGCUUAAAGGGUGUGCUUAGGCAUGUAAAAUGCAAGAUUGAUAGAUAACUGAUAAUGGUAAAAGAUGUGUGCUUUUUUUAAUUAAAAAUGUUCCAUCCUACUGCUUAGCUUUCCAAAAUAAGUUGGUGAGACACUAAACAAUAACAAAAUAAUAAUAAUAAUCAAAAUAACUUGGUGAGACACAAAUGAAAAAGUAUUGCUUACAACAGGUCGGAUCACAAGACCAUUAAUUUGUGAACCAAAAAGUAAAUUUUGGGCUCCUGUCCAAUUAUUCCAGGUUUGGUGUCCCACUUUUAAUGAUACCAGGGAAUAUACCAUCAAAUGUCUCAAACUAAGCUUAGGCCAUUCAGCCCGUUCGCAUGCUACUACGCAUUUGCGGUCCUUUGUGGGGCUGGCCAAAGUACCUAUCAGUCAACCUGACGUGCACUCACAUCAGAUGGACUUUCUUGUUAGGCCUGCCCCCUUUCUAAUAUACUCACAUCCCUCAUCUUGCCCCUUUUUGGUCCACCCCUCACAUCCGUACUUACCAAUCUUUGGAGAUGUAAAAUCAUCAGGUUUUAAAUGAGUUCUGAGGCAAGUAUUUCCUUAUUUAGUUCAAAAGCAUUUUAAUAAAUUAUCUCUACAGUUUUCAGGAGGUGUUGAACUUGGUAAUGCUUUUGAUGUUUAUUAUAUGAGUAAACAAAAUACACCAUAAACACAUAUUUCUUUUUAAGGGGGAGGCUACGCCACUCUCUCCAUAUCCUUCAAUGAGAGUCCUUUCGCCACGCCGUGUUCAGUUGUCCCACGGUUAUCCUAUAUUCAUCUCCUCCCAUGGUGAUGACACCAACACAGCUUCUCCUCGGGAAAAGAUCUGCUACUACUUUAACCUCAGCCCGGCAAAGGUGAGAUUUAUAUAUAUAUAUUAUUUUAUUUUUAAACCAUCAAGUAGGUCUAAUUAAAAUGUAUGUGAAAGAAUACUAAGAUACCUUGCAAAAAUAAAUAUCUUCCUAUAGGUAUGGUCCUUUCUACUACUGUGGAAUGGUGUCUUAUACUUGUUCAUACUGCAUAUUCAUAAGAUUAAGUCAUGUUUACAGAGUCACUAUUUUCCAAUUUGUGGAAGGUCUUGCACAACAAGACCUUUAAUAUCCCAGUUUGAAGCAAUGCUACUACAUACUGGGAGACCAUAAGAUUAAAUAUAAAAUUAAAGGGAAAACCAAAAACACUAACGAAAAUUAAAAUAACAGUGCACCAUGCAUAGGACAAUAAUCCUGCCAAAAUGUAUUCAUGUAUUUCAGCCAAAGUGUCUAUUUAAGUCGCUAGGGGGGACAAUUUGUGUGCAUAUCUCAGUGCCCUUUUUGUUGUGGGGGAUAAAGGUAAUAUGGGGUUUGACUGUGCCUUGUCGUGUUGUCCUAUGUGGGUAGCAAGUAUCCGUUUGGCAUUUUUGAACAUUCUUUCAUCGAGCAGAAAUUUUAAGGUCUGGCCACUUAGAAAAUAACUCAUUCACACAGGCAUACACAAAAUACUGGACUUAAUACUCCAAACCAACUGAAAAAUGUAUAUAUGAUUGUAUCUGGAAAGUCACAAAUGGAUAAUUUCACACACUCAUACAAUAAAAUAACCCUUGACUUUGUUUAUUCUUCAAAAAAUUUUGUCUCCCAUCUGAAUAAUUUUCAAUAGCCAAACAACAUAUAAAAUAUAAUAUAACGCAUAAAUAUACAAGUACUAAGUUUGACUGAAACAGUGAAAAAGUUCUGGUGUCGAGAGGGGACAAAACAUCCCUUUACCAAAUGUCACAAUAAGAUGGAAAAGUGAGGUUUAUUCAAUUGGAAAAUGUUCUCUGUAAUGAUGCAAAAUACCAUCAGUUGCAGUGUGUAGAAUCCAAUAUAGCAUAGACCGUAAUGAAACUAAAUAAAUUUCCAUAUGAAAAUGUAAAGUCUAUGAAAAAUCCAAAGCCUAAUUAUUUGGUUUCAAUAUAGUUAGAAUAUAGUUGUGUAUUCAGUAUAUACAAUAUAUUCUGUCUUCUCUCUCAAUCCAGAAGUUACAAGACAUUAACAGCAUGGUGCGAACAGGAGAGACUCCCACCAAGAAAAGAGGAAUUGUCCUGGAAGAAGGGAGCGAAUCACCGGCCAAGCGCAUCUGUCAGGAGAACCACACCGCGCUUUUGAAAAGACUGAGGGAUGUAGCCAAUGACAGAGGGAACCUUUAAAUCCCUAGAAUAACAGUGUUUUUAUAAUCUAUUAAUGUAAAUUAAUUAUGUUACGUAUGUGAUAGGGUUCCUUCUGCAACAUGGAAAACCAAUUCCAGGUAUUGAUCAGGAAUAGUUGAGUGUAUGUACUUCUAGAAUGGAGUGCUUUCUCUGUUAACAUACAGGUAAUUGUUAAUGCCUGGAGUGGCUACUGAGAAGGAAUCAAGGAGACUGAUAGCGAUAUUCACAGACUGUAGGGUUUGGCUUCCCUGUAGCAGGGUCUGCCUAAGGUGGAGUACAAAUCUCCACUGCUAUAACUUGUUGGACUGAACAUAUACAAUGCUAGAAUUGGUUGUCAGGACUGACCGAACGAAUCCACAAUUCCACUGCUACAAAUUAUUGAGUCAAAUGUAUACAGAAAAGUCCACCAUGUUUCAAGUAAACACCCCACAUAUCGAAUUAUGAUUUCAAAAAGUCUAUGUAAAAGGCAAGUUUUCUGUCCUCUAAAUAUAUGAUACACACAUAUAGUAAGACCAUGACGGUCAAAAAACAUUUUGUUUUGUUUUAUUUUAUUUUUGUAAGAUUCAAGUAUGCAGUCAAUGUUAAUCAGUUAAGUGGAUGUUUGUGAGACAAUUAAAGCCAGUACAUGGUUUAAUUUUAAAUAUACAAAUAAGGAUUCAACUGCUCACAAACGGACUGUAACGUUAUCAGCGAUGAUGAGUUUCCAGAUUAUAGUUUCAUAGUUCAAAAACUCUUACACAGCAAGUUUGUUAGUACCGGACGUGAUACGUGAUAAAGUUACUAUUGUUAGUGCUUUAAGAGAUGCUACCUCUUAAAAGCCUGCUAACUGUAAAUUAUUUUGUUUGUAGUGUUACAGAACUACUAUUGUACACAUGGACUUAGACAUUUUAAACCCAUCUUGAUACAUUUUAUUCUAAGUUAUACCUUCAGUAAAGUUUGUUGAACUUUAUGUUUAUUUGAUACUUUUUCAGUGACUUAUUACGGAGUACCAGUGUAGCAUCAGAUGAUAAAGUUUGUUUGGCAUUACUUAAGACAAUAAGGCUCUAACCUUCAUGAAGCUUCUGGUCGUAAAACAUUUCAUGAUUGACUAACACUCAUACACUGCUAUCAAGAAGAGUUUUUACAGUUGCUUUGUCACAUGUGAGCCUGAAUGGGAUCACCCCGUGUGUUCUCCUGGUGAGUUUAGGCAAGUCGCUUUAAUGUUUGGUGUUUUUUGAAAUAGAAUGUAAGCUCCUUUGACAGAGGAUAAUUUUUUCCUCCAAUGUGUAUACACCAUAAGCACAGCUGAUAAUUUGUAAUAACAAGUUUACACUCUGUUAGUAGCAUGAUCAAUAGUACUGGAUAUUUCCGUAACAAAGCAUGACGUCUAUAAACAUUCUGCUGUAUUACGGACGAAGAGACGCUUACUUAAAUUUGUACUAUUAAUCUUAUCACUAAUCUUUUAUUUUGUAGAUCUAUAGUUUCUCCUUCUUGACUCCAUAAACAAAUAAUUAUGAUAUGCUAUAUAUUGUUAGUGCAGUGUCGGUUUACACCAAGGCUGAAGGGUGACUAUAGCUAGGAAUGCAGACAGGGUUAAAAACCCUUUUGUCACUUACCUGAAGUGCUGAUGUCCAUUGAAACGGGGUCAGACUCAGCCGACGUGGGGGACCUAAUUGCGCAUGUACAGCGAGCGCCACAGUCACAUUAGAACUUCCCCAUAGGAAAGCAUUGACUAAAUGACGCUGGAUGUCCUCAUGCAUAGCGUAAGGACAUCCCGCGCCGUUUAGCGGACCAAGAUGCACCUCUAGCGGCUGUCUAGUAGGCAGCUACUUAAGGUGGAGUGAGCCCUGCAAGGUAAUUAUUUCAGUUUCUCAAUAACAGCAAUAAUGACAAUUGCAGGGUUAUGGGUACAGGGGCACUGCACCCAUACCACUUCAAUGAGCUAAAGUGGUCUGGGUGCCUAUAGUGUCCCUUUAACGAAAUAUGGAUAUUACAAUUUUACCAGGCAAUGAUAGGAACGCAUCGAUCCACUCCAUGUUCUAAUUUCCAAUCUCAUACUCAGUCCAUAGUCAGCCAGGAUUUUGGGAUCUCCCUGUAAUGUUCCUGUAGACAUACUGGAGUAAUGUGGAUCAUUGUGAUUUCUUAAGGAUAUUGUUGGAAGCCACCACUGAAUUUAUAGUAUGAAGUAAAUUCCAGGGGUCAAACAUUCCCAACUGAAUGUCUUCUUCAAAAUUUUAAACAUUGAUUAUUGUUGUACAUUAUUUCUAAUAUAUAUUUCACUACUUUUUAUUAUCAUUAAAAUAUAAACAAGAAUAUGCAGAUUAUUAAUCAUGCUAAUAACAUUCCACUUUAACCCCUUCUGGGCCAGUGAUAUGUGAGGUUUACAAUGGUAACAAGCAAUUUGCUCUUUUCCUGAAGGGGUUAAAGUGUUAAAGCACUUUGCAAAUAAGUAAAGUAUUAAUUGAAGCAGGUGUUUUAUUUUUGUUUUGUUUUUUUAUUUAUUUUUUACAUUUUUUUAAUGAUAAUUAAACUUGGCUUUUUAUGGAAGCAAAAAAAAAAUUAAUUAAUGCAGUUAAAUUACUCUACGCACCUUGUUAAGAUUUUAAUAUAUAUUUGGUCUUUUUGAAAAACUCAAAAGUACUAGUUUAGCCACUAACCUUUAGAUAGCUGUAUAAUAUUUUCCUUCCAUGGACUUGGAAGGAAAUUGCAAAAAGUUAAGUAAAUUGCAAGCAUUUUUUUCCAGGGAGUUACUGCCUAGUUUUAGAAGCAGUAAUACAGAAAGGUAAUAUUAGUUAUAUACUUUAUUUCUACAAAUAUAAGUAUUUCUGUUUUUAAGUAGAGAGGCCCUGACUCUGUUUCAACAUUGAUGAUCUCAGCCAAUCCAACGGUUCGCCGUAGGGAAACUGGUAAGAUUUAUUCUGGUAACUAAAGAAUUUCGCCUCUCCUUUUUGUGUAUUGUCAGAUCUAAGGCCAAAACACUGAAUUAAUCUUUUCUCAUUUAAUUUUCAAAAAAAAUAAAUUAAAAAAAAUUGUACUAAACGUUUGAGCAUUUUACGCUAUUGUACAGAUGUACAGUUUGUCUGCUUUGCUCAUUCUUUAAAAUAAAGAUUUAUUAUUUUUAUUUUUUUUAAAAACCUGAAAUAAAACAUUGCAUUUUUUGUUUAAUUGCAGCUACUAUGGCCUAAAUUUUAAAUUCGCAUUGAUUCCGAACAACUCACAAUUUAUUGAAUAACCCUGUAAGAAAAGUAAAAUUCUUACUUAUCAUUAUGUUUUUAUCAAAUGAAUAUAAUCGCAUAUCUUUGUUGUUAUACUUUUUUUUUUUUUUUUGUGGCGUUUUCAACUAUAAUAUUUAUUGUCAUAUAAACAUUUUGUUUUUAUGUUUUAACUUGGUAAAAAGCAAGUGAUUGAAUUUGUUUAGGAGUUUAUUUUUAUAUAGGUUUAAAUUGCACAUGUGUAUCUCCUUAUCAAUAAAUCCUUUAAAAUGUUCAAACAGCUUAUACAUAUUUUAUGAUUUGUAAAGAAUUCCCUCCUUCCCAAGAAUAAUUAAAGUAGUUAUGGAUAUAUUAACAUAUAAUUGCAUGAUUUAAUCAAUGGGCUUCCAUAUUUGGAAGCCCAUUGAUUAUAAAUAUUUCUAUAAGAAGAAGAAUGAAAUAAACUUAUCCUCAAUUAUGACAACUAGAAACCUAAUGAUUCAAUAAUUCACAUUGCUUGAGACUAAUUAGGCAUCAAAAACUGUAAUCAAUGCCCCAAAUGUUCUAUGGCUAUGGCCAAGAAGCACAGAAUAGGGACAGAUUAUUCUUGUAUUGAGGUCUGGUUUUCCCAUUGUUGUUGUUUUUUUUUUUUUUGUAUUUAAUGUUUAAUAACAACCAAUUCCUUACAUUAAGGAAGAACUGUAACAUUUCAGAUGUUUUUUUGGUUGAUUUUUUUUUUUUUGUGUGAUUAUCUAACAUGCGACAGAGUCAAAUGAAAACCUACUUACUUUCUAUUCUAUGAACCAGGCAUUAAGCAUCUUGAAGACUCUGGACCCAAGCAUAUAAUUGUAUUUUUUGUGAUGGAAGAGCCUAAGAAGUAAAAUAUGUUUUGCUGUUAAUUCUAACCUUGCUCUCUCUAAUACUAUAUGUGAUUCACUUCUUAAAUGUGUGGUUGUUUCUCUGUUGGCUGUAUUGACAUCAGUCAAUGGCAAGUCGUCAUCAUAGACUAAUUUGGUAAGUUGGAUUGGAUGUACAGUAACAUACAGGAUUUAUUAGUCAUGCGCUAUAUAUUCCUUAUUAAUACAGAUUGCUUUGACUCAGUCCUUAUUUGUCUUUCUGAUUGAUGUUUGCUUCCCUUCUUUUUGUGUAUAGAGUGUGUGCCAAUGUGCAAUAAACUAUUAUGCUCUGUUCAAGUAUUCUUCUAAAAGUGAUGUACAAAUAGUUUACAAUAAACGUUUGACAAAUUCUG